GAGGGGGUGGGCAAGAAGCUGUAGGAAGAGAAGGACCAUCAUUCCAGCGUGCGUACAAAAAUGGGAUCUAUGUUUUGGGGACUACAGUGUCUCUGCUUACCUAUUACUUUCAAAAGAUUACUUUAAAAAUUAGUGCCUUUGUAUAUCCAUAUAAACCUGCAACAAAUUCAUUGUCUUGGUAUUUAAUUUUGCAAUAGCACAUUUUUUUUUAAAAAGCCAUGUUAAUUUUGUAACAAGGGAGUUAGGCAUUUCAUACUUCACUUCCAAAAAAAAAAAAAAAAAAAAAAGGCAGAAGAAGUGUGUGCAUGAGCAAAGAAGAGAUCACCCUGGAAUUUCUUUGAGGGUGAGAACUGGAGUCAGCCAGCCCCUCUGCUCUCCUAGUGUCAAGUUUAGCCAGACCACGGAAUUGAGCUGGGAGGUGAUGUGUCUCUGCUGUCGUUGAUGCACCUUGGGAAUGAGGACACCUGCUUCUUUUUUAUCUUGAAGAUGCCUGAAAUUGAGCAGUCUCGCCUGUCCUACUGACACUGAAAAAGUGGGUCAAGACUAUGUUGCUCACAGAUCUUUUGCUUGUGGCUUUUAAAAUCAGUUUGGUCAGUCUGUCAGCUGAGAAGCUCUGGAGCUGUCCCAGAGGAUACCAAAUACAGAAGGAAAAUUCCUCUUGUGUAGGUGAGUGAAUUGGUCCCUCCCCCCUUCCAAACUUCAGGUCAGUUAAGAGGCUUAGCAAUGCGGGGCUUUUUUGUUCAACGCUAUUUUCUUAAAAAGAAACCAUGUUUAUGUGCCUUUAUUCUUUGAAGUCUCUGCUAUGUUUGCUGUGCAUUUUUAGAAGAAAUAGCUAGGACUACAACCUUGAUAAGUUUCCAGUGAAAUAGUAACAGGUGCUUUGAGACGUCUGCCAAGAAACUUGUCAGAAAAAAUAACAAAACAAAAGCAUGCAGGAGAAAUAUUUGGGUGAGGGGGUGUGUGGGUUUGGAGACAUUAGUAUUGAUACAUUUCAUGGAAGUUAGGUUCAUAUGUGCCUUGGAGUAACUAAUUUGCAGCAAUUGUUUUCUUGAGCGACUCAAAAAACUUUUAUUGAUUUUCUUUCUACCACUUUAAGAGUUCUUGCUUCCCCAUAAGAAUACUGGGAAUAGUAAUUUGCCAUUGAGUAUUAUCUGUGAAAGAUGCCUAUUCCCCUCUCACAGAACUACCAUUUCCAAGGAAUGUAAGUCUGCAAUGUAAAUAUAAUAGAUAUUGGCUGCAAUCAUACGCAUGCUUACUUGGGAGUAAAUCCCAUUAACUCAGCAGGAUUUGCCUCUGAGAUAUCUUUAUUGAGAAGUGUUUCAAAACCCAUGAAAGCUAAAACCAUAGCAAUAAGAGCUCUCAUCAGAUGGAUCAAAUAGUUGAAAGGUGUGUUGCUUCUCCAUCACUGGGGUGGUUUUUUAAAAAGGCCUAUAUACUAGCAAUCCUUUGAUUUCCUUAAACUGAAGGUGAAUUCACAUGACCAUUUUAUCCACUACAAGUUUAAUUUUUGCAGUUCAAGACCCUGUGAAGACACUGAUCUUGGGAAUAAUUCUACAUUUAGUUCAAAUCCACAAAAGGCAGGAUUUAACAGUCAGGAUGGGAGUCCAUUAUAGAUGUUGCAUGAGGUCCUUUUGUUUACUGCCCACACUGUUUGUUUGUUCAUGAAAUUUCCAUGCUGCUUAAUGUAAAAAAGGCAUAAGAGAUAAUAAUGGGGAAACUCAAUAUAAAUUCAUAUAGAAGUGCAACAUUAACAAUCAAAUAAAACUUUUAAAAAGCUGACUAAAAACAGAAUGAAACUAUGUACCGUAGAUAAAACUUAGCAUUGCUCAAAAAGGAAAAAAGGACCACCAAUCAGAAAAUUGUGAAUCAGAGUGCAGCAUCCGGGUAAACAUUGUGUUGUGAAUCUGGGGGCAGGAGUUAGGUUGUAUGCCAGAGUCCCUUCCAAUUCCUGAUAGCAAGGAUUCUAUUGCUGGAAUAGCCCAGUCAAUUUCUUGGUAAUAGUCUAUGUACAGGUAGGUCAUUAAGGCAACAAAGGAAGAGACUUUGGCCAGAUAUCAAAUGGGUGUGCCACCUCCCUCAACUGGCUGGUAGUUAGAAGUACAAAAGCCAGGACUGAGCUAGAAGCAGGCGGCAGGCAAAAGCCUGUGAGGCAGAGACAUGCUUGGUUUCUGCUGGAAUUCAAGGCUGUGUCUAUGGGAGAAGCAAAACCUCUUGGGGUGUGAGCCUCUUCAUUGUAGUAAAGUUGUAUAUGUGUGUAAAUAAACCAUAUAUCAUAAAGACACCACAGUAUCUGAGGUCCCUCAUACCUCACCUCCAAAAGAUUGAGGCUGCGUAGACAUUAUACAUUUAAAGCACAUUUGAAGCACAUUUCCACCUCACAAAGAAUUCUGGGCACCAUAGAGUCCCUCUCACAGAGUUAAAAUUCCCAGCAACCCCUAAGAAACUAUGUACAGUGCCCACAAUCCUUUGAGAGGGAGGAAAUGUGCUUCGAACAUGCUUCAAAUAAUGUUUGCACAGCCACAGUCUUUUGGAGGUGAGGUAAAAUGCAUCUGCAUUAACAUGAAGUAUAUUUUCUCCUCAGCAUAUGAUUUGAAAUUGAAAAGAAGAGUAGGGGAGAGUGGGUGGGAAGAAACUUGUAGCAGCACAGCAGAUAACACUCAACAGCAGCAUGUAGCAACCUAAAUUUGGAAUAGCUGAAUAUUGCUAUCAUACUAGAAGAUUCUGUAUAGGCCUUGGCAUUAGGGAGGAAAUAAACAAGGGCAGACUCUGGCUCACUUCACAAUACACCAAUGUGGACUCUGCCUCCCUGACAGGCAUACUAAUGCUUCUUCACCUUCUCUAACUGGGUCUUUCUUUCGGACUCUUGGUAAAUGAGGUUGCUUGUGUAUAAAGAUGCUAAGGACUGGCUACUAGCAUUGCAAUGACAUGAUUCAUCGUUUUUGCUCAUUCUUAAGACCCUCUGCUGAGAUGGCAUAAAGAGGCCUUUGAGCUGGGAGCAGAACCUCAUUCUUCCAUUCUGCGCUGCCUGCCAGAGCAUUGUAGGAAACUUUUGUUCUCCCUAAGAGGAUUUAUUUAACACAGGGAAAGUUCUCAUUACAGGGAAAUUGUUGCCAGGGUAUCCAGAGCAGCUGCAGGAAGAUGGCAGCUACUUCACUAUUUUCAUGGGUGUGGGGUAGAAACAGGCAGCUGAUGAUGAUUAAGACUUGGUUGCACUUGAUAUUGUGGGAUGUAUGUUAAGAAACAGCAUCUUCUCUACAAAAAGAUAGAUGUUUCCGCUGCUGGUUAAAACGGGCAAGCCUAGAGCUGCCAAAUGGAAUAAACAAAAACACCACCCCCUCUGUUGUGGAAUUGGCGUGUUUUUCAGUCUGCAGAAUUAUGUGUAACUGGAUAAAUUCUUGGGAUAGGCUUCACCCAAGGUAUUGGAUGUCUAGUUUGUACAGUGCAGCACCCUGCAUUGACCAGAAUUGCCUGAUUUGUUAGCAAAGCAAACAAAGACAAGUUGUGGCUGUAGGGAAGAAAUCACUUGCAACAUCAUAGAAUUGUAACAUUCUAGAGUUGUCCAUCACAGAUAUAUGACACCAUCAUAUCAUCUCACCACCGCCUUUGAUCUACAAGCAGGGCCAGCAGGUGAUGAUGGGAUGGGGGAAACUUUUGCUGUUUCUUUUACAUGCAAUUCUCUAGCUAGUUAACAUGCAAAACAUCUAGUUCAACCUGCCUUUCUCAACCUGUGGGUCCCCAGAUGUUGUUGAACUACAGCUCCCAUCACCCCUAGCUAGCAAGGCCAGAGCUCAGGGAUGAUGGGAGUCGUAGUCCAACAACAUCUGGGGACCAACAGGUUGAGAACCGCUGAUCUAGUUGGAGCCUGCAGAACUUGGAUGUCUGUGCUUGAAUCUUAGCUGCUCUUUGGAUUGAAUUCCAGGGGUCUGAUUUUUUUAUCUGCAAUUGUCUGAAUACAAAAAUCUGUAGGAUAAAGAUGGAAAUGCAUUGACAGUCAAGCACAUGUUUAAAAUGAGUUACAUGAGACUUUAUUGAAUAGAGCCUACUGAGCUCCAGAUGUAGAGCAAACUAAAUAGAGUACCUAUUUUAUUUAACAAAAGCCAGUGCCCAAAUCCAGUUCUAUUUGUGCUUUAUAAUAUGUGACUAGUGGACCUGAAUGAGGAUGUGACAUCAGAUGUAUCUAUCAAGUUUAAUAGUGACAGCACACAUUUUCAAUUCAAGGUGCAUUCAGAUCACAUGGCUUUCCAUUUCUGGAUGAGCUGGAUGAGGGCCAAAUUAUCAACACAAAUAAAUGCAGGGAGAGUGGAGAUAGUAUGACUCUUUGCCCUCAAAAAGUACCUGAACAUUAUUUUAGGCCGAUCAUCAACUCUCAUUCCUUGCUUUCUUUACCAGGUGUCAUGAACAGCUAAAUCUAAGACAAUAACUCAUACUACUUUAUUUACAGGAAUCAAAAACUGGCAAUUGGUAGUUAACUUAUUCCAAUACUUGAACAAUCAGAAACAUGUUUGGAUUGUGGUUUACCGUUGUGCUCUAACCUAUAAAUGAUUACUUUAUAGAUAUUGAUGAAUGUAUAUUUUGCUCUAGGAGGCUUAGUUUGGUCAGAGUUGAGUAUACGCUUCCAGAGUUAAUGCAAAAUACGGUACAUUACUUCUGGUAAAUGAGGCACCAUAGCCGCUAGAGGGCCAUGGAAAUUUGUGUCCCGGGCUUUUUAGACGCAUCUACCCAUGUACUGAUGGCAUGUGGGUGGUGCUGUGGGUUAAACCACAGAGCCUAGGGCUUGCUGAUCAGAAGGUUGGCAGUUUGAAUCCCCACGACAGGGUGAGCUCCCCUUGCUCGGUUCCUGCUCCUGCCAACCUAGCAGUUCGAAAGCAUGUCAGAGUGCAAGUAGAUAAAUAGGUACCACUGCGUUUCUGUGCGCUGCUUUGGUUUGCCAGAAGCAGCUUAAUCAUGUUGGCCACAUGACCUGGAAGCUGUACGCCGGCUCCCUCAGCCAAUAAAGCGAGAUGAGCGCCGCAACCCCAGAGUUGUCCACGACUGGACCUAAUGGUCAGGGGUACCUUUACCUUUACCCAUGUACUAUCUGAAACCAAAGGGGUGCAUUGGUUGCCAGAUGUGAUUCCCCCCCCCCACCUCUCCUACUUCCACUAAUAAAACAUAUGCAAGGAGAGAUAUUUUUAAGUGGGUAAUUAUUACAUAAUGGUCUCUUGAGUCACCCAAAAUUCAUGGAUCAGCCAAGUACAUAGUAGGAAUUUUCUUAAUGGGAUAUCACUUUGGUUUUUAGUGUCCUGUUGAAAAUAGCUUUUGAUGGUGAUUACUUGCAACAGUGAUAUAUUGAUCCUCUCAAAUUGAUCGAGAUACAUAAGCUGCUGACUUGUUUCAACUAAGGCGUAAUGGUUUUAGCUGACCAGUGUUUCUGUCUCUAGGAUUCACACGGAAAAAAUAGCAUAAAUGUAUUUAUGCAUUUUAUAUAUUUAUACUCCUUUCCCCGUAUACUCAAAGGUGCCUUAUGGCAACAUUUUAGGACAAUAACUAAAUCAUAAAAACAGAUUUUAGAAUAUCAGCAAAGCAACAGCAAAAAUACUUUUGCCAUCAUAGCUAUUUGCCCCUCCAAAGCCCUGUAGGACUAGCCUACCUCAGUGUGAAAUUCCAUGUCUCAAACAACUUAGUAACAAAAUGUAUGUUAAUGUUUGGUCAAGGGAGUAACUGGAAAAAGUGCAAGCAGUACAGCUGUCAGAUUCCUGAGACAAAUCAACUUUGUUGCAGUUCAGCCUUCAUUUACCAUGUACACAAAGCAAGUCUACAUAGUUUCAUAUUCUCCUAGUGCAAACAGCAGAAAGCAACAUCACUUCAAAUGCAGGAGCAACUCUGAACGCUCCAAAAACACCUUCCCCCCAAAUAAACCGCACUUUGUGAUGUUUUCUCUUGCGUAGCCAAAAACCAGGACUACCCAUUGAAUAAAAACUAUAAGCCAGUCUAAUAUUUAUUAAAAGUGUUUUAGAUAACUCAAAAGCAAAACCUUAGAUUUCUGGAGAUCAUUUUGAGCACAAAAAACCCAAAUGACUAGCUGCAUGAUAGCAAUGAUGUGCUUGAAGCUCAGAUACGUAAAGCAAAACUACAGUUAACUUGAAUUUUAGGGUGAAGGCAAAAGAAACAAGUCCCUGAAAGCUUUUCUCUUUCCUUUCCUCACCUCUCCAUGCAAACACCUAUUUGGAAGACAUCUGAAGGCAGCAUUAUAUAGGGAAGUUUUUAAAUGUCUGAUGUUUUACUGUGGUUUUAUAAUUUAUUGGAAGCUGCCCAGAGUGGUUGGGGCAACAAACCUAUAUAUUCCCAAAAUCUGCGCCAGAGGCUUGAGGUACUCCUUGGAUAAAAUUUUGGGAACACACAGGGAACAGGUGGAGGUGAAAAAGAGGAAGAAGUCCUGAUGUUUGAGUAGAAGUCACUAAAAUUCUAUAACAUCCAAAAUUCUCUACUUUUUUGUAUUUAACAUCUCUCUCUCUGUCUCUCUCUCUCUCUCUAUCUAUCUAUCUAUCUAUCUAUCUCUCUCUCCUUUUUAGAUCCUGCACCAUUCCUAGUUUUCAGCCAAGGAAAUGCAAUCUUUAGAAUAGACACUGAGGGAACCAAUCACAAAAGACUGGUGGCUGGUGCUAGUUUAUCAACAUUAAUAGAUUUUCAUUAUGAAGAAGAUUGCCUUUAUUGGGUGGACACUGAAGAAGGUAUUAUCCGGCGAGUAUACCUGAAUGGUUCAAAUCAACAGGUAAUGGAAUGUAAUCAUCAAAAUUCUGAAAACCUCUGCAUCUCCCUGAAGCAUGCUGAUACCUCCAUUUGUUUCUCUAUUAUUAUUAUUUAUUAAAUUUGUACACUGCCCUCCAUAGAUGUUAGUGAAAUUCACAACAUAAAAUUACAAUAUAAAAAAUGCAUUUUAGCUGCUGCCCUCUCAGCACUCACCAACUAAAUUCACUAUUAGUAGGAGUGAUGGACAGUCUAUUACUAAUGAUCAUAACUAGAGUGAUCACUCACCCAACUUUACAGAGAGUAGUCCUCUAAUUGAAGGACUGGCAGAGGACCACCCUCUAUUUCAAUGAGUCCUGUUUUGGAAGUGAAAAAAAAGCCCAUUUUAAAAAUAAGUAAGAGAAGAAGAAGGAAGAGAAAGGGCCUUGAAGUUACAGCAGCCUUGAGCAGGCAUACACAUCGCUGGGUCACAGUUGGUGAGAUGUAUUGUAGCUCUAUAUAAACUAGAGUAAUUAUUUCUAAAUUUGCGUCUAUACUUACAAAUUACAAUUUUAAUGGAAAGCUGUUUUCUCUUUGUUGCAUAUCCUUAUGUUUGUUUGUUUGCUUGUUUGUUUGAUGUGUUUAUAUUUUUAAAUUAUCUCUCCUUACCUUGUCCUUACUUUAAGCUAAAUGUGUUUUGUGCAUUUACCUGUACAUGUAGUGUGAAAUAAUAUCUUGAGUAAGAUAUCUGGUAAGCCGCUCAACCAAACUAAACAUGAUGUUAAAUGAGUCAUUAAUUUUAUUGUUUCUCUACUCCUCUGAGGAGGAACAGAGGUUUAAACAUCUCCCCAUAGCAGUCCUAAUGACAAUUCCCCCCACAGAUGCUAGGAGAAAGCUGCUAUUUGUCAGGCAGACAAAGCCAAGGCUAAAAUGUCCAAGCAAAGAAGGUCUCGUGAUAGAAAAAAUAGCAUAGCUGCUUACAUAUUUAACAGGACUUUUCUUGCUUUUCUGGUAAACACAUAAAUGUAUAUCCUGAAGUGGUAAUCUCAGGCGGCUUUCCUGAAUUGUUUGAAUAAGGAUCAUGAAUUCCAAUGCUUUGUAUGGCAUUCUGAUUCAACCAGUGAUUUGGUGUCUUAGUAUAAUGACAAUUGGGUGACAAUUGUCCCCCCCCCCAAUUACAGACAAUUUACCACAUAGAAAAAGAUGUUUCUGGAUUUGCAGUGGAUUGGAUAAACCACAACUUUUACCUCGCUCAUUACCAGAAGGCCACAAUUGAGGCAGUUGACAUGGAUGGAAACCAUUCCCAAAUCAUCAUAAAUGAUGGACACCAUCCCACAAGUAUUGUGGUUGAUCCAAACAGAAGGUAACUCAGAUUGUCUUUAUGGUUUAUAGUGACACAGUGCUGAAACAAAAAGCUUUAGAUGAAAUGUAGACUGAAGGAUCCUCUGUGGUUUGGAGGACUGGGAAAGGGUCAUGUACUUUGAUAUUCCGUCUCAUCUUCUCUCUCCUUCCUCCUCUUAUGUAUCAGUUUAAUGAGUAAUUUCCUGGCAUGAUUGAACCUAGGUUCCUCUUAUGUCUAAACUGCUAAAUUUUGGUGAGCCUCCGAGUUAUGAUUGCAAGCUAAGUGAGAGAUUUAUUAUCUGCUGCUCUUGAAGUAAUUUUAAUAACAAUAAUGACAAUAAUUGAUUUUAUCAACAGGUUUUUAUUUUGGGCCUCUGAAGGAACCACUGACAGCAUCUACAGAGCAGUUCUGAAUGGGAAAGACGUGUGGAGACUUCUGAGGAGCACAGGAAAAAUCAGAAGUAUCUCACUAGAUCUUAUUGAUCUGAAGCUCUUCUGGAUCCAAUAUGAUGCCAAUGAUGAAGUUUCACAUAUUGCAAGCUGUGACUACAAUGCUAGUUCUGUUCAUUUGCACAAAUACAUAGUACGGUAUGUUAAUGAAUAUAACUUAUAUAUAUGGUAGUGAAUAUAUAAUGCCAAAGUGUAAAAUAAAUUGCCCCAAUCUAGCCAGGAGACAUAUGCGGUUUACCCCAUACAUUUAAAGUACACCCAACAUGCUUUUAAACCACAUGACUUCCUGCACAACAUUCUGGGAAUUGUAGUUUUCACUUCACAGAGCUACAAUUCCCAGAAACGUUAACAAACUACAAAUCCCUGGAUUCUUUGGGGAAUUCAUCCGCUUUAAAUGUGUCUGGAUGUGUUUUAAAUGUAUAGUAAGGAUCUGCCCUGUUAUCUCUGAAUUGCUGCCUAACUGGCUAGAUACAGUGAUAGCCAAACUUGGCCCUCCAGCUGUUUUGGGACUAAAACUCCCAUCAUCCCUGGCUAACAGGACCAGUAGUCAGGGAUGAUGGGAAAUGUAGUCCCAAAACAGCUGGAGGGCCGAGUUUGGCCAUCAAUGGGCUAGAAUGUCUAUGACUUAAUGAACUUUCAGCAAGUUAAUGAACAGAUGCAACUAUUUGCUUUAUUUUCCCAUAGAAACCAACUUUCUGACAUAUUCCUCUUUGCUGACCACAUGUACUAUUCCGACUCAACCGCUGGUAGUAUUUGGAGAGCCAAUAAAUAUACAGGAAAAGAUAUAGUUGCAAUUAACCUGCAGCUGUCACUUCUCCCACCUGCUGAAAUACUGGUAGUGCACCCAUUAAAACAGCUCAGCAUAAGGAUGGGUUCUAAAACAUUUGGUAAGUUUCAUGUUGCAUAAUUGUUCUGCUCGGUCAUUAGGAUCACACCUCAAAUUAUCUUGUACCACCCUGCUUUUGCUACUGUCAUGAUAUUCAAGGAAUAUACUGUCAUGAUAAUUCCUGUUCACAUUUUCCAACCAAACCUUUCAAAUGCCUUAACAAUGCUGCAAUUGAAUGUUUCUAUAUCUAGAAAUUUCUUUCAUCUCUCUCCCUGUUCAACAUUGCUUAGCUAAGCAUGCUCAUCAUGUAAGUAUAAAAACUGCAAUAUCACAUUCUCCAGACCUCAUUUUAAAAAGAAGAUUGCAUGUUUGUGUAAAACAAGCACUCACACUCACACUUGUAUCCCCCUUCCCUUGAUAUUGGCACAAAAUAGCUCUUACAACUUACUUUUGUUUCCAUUUCCAAUAAUGUGAUAAACAUGAAUAUACCUCAUUCUCUUCCUUUUUACAUUUAUUUAUCUGAAGUUUUUCCUCCUCUAAGAAUAAGUCAUAAUAAUACCCAUUGUUCUUCACAGACAUAUUGUAUAAUAAUCAACCACCAGAAAUCCAUUUGGAACAAAUGUUUGCAUGUUAACGUGUCCCAAAUUGUGUAGUUUUUCAAACCACCCUUCAUUAUAAAUUCUUUAUUUUAAAAAUAGAUGUCACUGAGGAUACUUCUGGAUUAAUUUAUUGAGGAAGUAUAAAAUGGCUGUGAAUAAAGGAUACUUCUUCCCCACAAACCCACCAAUAUAUAAGAUUGAAAUUAAAACAAUGGUUUACUUUAAGCAAUAGGAAUAAAACUGGAAGAACACCAAAGGACCUUGGCUUGAUGGAUGUGUUCCUGAUCAUGCUUCUCUUCCCUUCAGCCUAAUUCCCAAACCUGUCAGAUGACACUCUAUGCUUGUGUACUGCUUUCACUGCCGGUGUUGCCUGAAAGUCUGAAUGCCGCAGUGUACAUGCAUCACCACUGUACAUGCAUAGUCUGCCCAUCUAUGGACCAUUCAUAUGCAGGACCUUUACAAACAGGAGGAGAGAGAGAAGGGAAUGUUUGGGCAAUUGCAAAGCUUAUGACACUUCAAGAAAUAUGUAAAACCUGUCCACCUGUAUCCUUGGGGACCAUUGCUCUUUUGGAUAUGGUAGACAGUGAGUUCGUUGCAGUUUAUCCUUGUAAAUGGAACACUGCUAAUCAGUUGUGUGCGCUCAGCCAAAUAAAGAUGAUUGUGGGCUGGUGCUGAGGUGCCAUCCUGUUGCGGAGGAUGAUGCAAGCAGUCAACCUAAGCUUAGCAAGCAUCAUUGCAUAAUAUCACCUCAGUCAGCCUGUGUUCUUAUUGACUGGAGGCCUGCCAGUGUAUUUGCAUGUGUGUAAGCUGGGGAACAAUGGGACGCGGGUGGCGCUGUGGGUAAAACCUCAGCGCCUAGGACUUGCCGAUCGCAUGGUCGGCGGUUCAAAUCCCCGCGGCGGGGUGCACUCCCGUCUUUCGGUCCCAGCGCCUGCCAACCUAGCAGUUCGAAAGCACCCCCGGGUGCAAGUAGAUAAAUAGGGACUGCUUACCAGCGGGAAGGUAAACGGCGUUCUGUGUGCUGCGCUGGCUCGCCAGAUGCAGCUUGUCACGCUGGCCACGUGACUCAGAAGUAUCUGCGGACAGCGCUGGCUCCCAGCCUAUAGAGUGAGAUGAGCGCACAACCCUAGAGUCUGUCAAGACUGGCCCGUACGGGCAGGGGUACCUUUACCUUUACCUAAGCUGGGGAACAGGCAAUCAACACUGUAAGUGACAUGGGUCACAAUGGCUGACAAGAGUGGCAGAGGAUUCUGGGAAAGUAAAUUGUCCAUCCAAAUGAAGGUACAUAGUAAGGUGCAAUUUAUUGACUCAUGUGUAUGCUCCUAGUUGUCUUUUCUCAUGACCUUUUUGGCUACCAUAGUAUAAAGCUGUUGAGAUGAGAUGCAAUUUCCCUUCUCUCCCACCUUAAUAAUUAGUUCGCUUUUAAAAUGAGCUCUUCGUUGACUCCGGAAUCUUCCUUUUACGGCAGGAUAGACUAGAGCAUAGGAAUUUGAAAUGGAUGUAAUAUAGGCCUCCCCCACCAAUGACUUCUUAUAAAACAUUGAGGGGGUGGAAAGAAGCUUAAGUAGCCCAAUCCAGAUGAAGCCUUUGGACUUUGCAUGUGCGUUGUUUAGCUUAUCCAGCCCAAGGACCUGGAUUGAGGGAAGGCUAAUUAGCCUAAAGUACAAAUGAGAUUUAUAAGGGGAUCUUUACAACAAGGGAAACCUGAAAAUGAAAUCAUGUGAGCAUUAAUUCAGUGCUCUGCAGAGGCUAAGUCAAUGUGCGCUGGAGUUAAAAGUGCACAAUCUAACAUUGUUUCCUUUUUCUUUUUUUUAAAGGAAAUAGCUGUUGCUGUGCUUUUCACGUACAAUACAGAAACUGUUUUAGCUGUCAAAUGCUUGCUAAGGUCAAAUUUGGGUUAUUAGUUGCAAGCUCUUUUCCUUCCACUAGAUUAGUGUUCUGCUUCCAACAGGUCAAACCAGGAUGCCUCCUACUGUUUUACCUGCCCUUCCCUCGGCGUUCUGACUUAUCUUUACCGGGACUAUUUCAUGGCACUGCACAGAACUACAUUGGCUUCAAAACCAAUGCAAUGCCUUUGUGCAAUGUCAUAGCUCUAUUUAUAAACAGUGCACCUUUAUGAAGUAACAGUUGUAUACAGUGACAAAGUGGCAUUUGAAGAUGAACCCACUUACAGCCAUGUUCUGCACAAUGUUACUAUCAAAAGAACCCAAGGCUUCCUCUACUUGAGUGUGAGUGUGUGUCUAUCUAUCUAUCUAUCUAUCGAUCUAUCUAUCUAUCUAUCUAUCUAUCUAUCUAUCAUCAUCUAUCUAUUUAUCUAUCUAUCAUCUAUCUAUCUAUCUAUCUAUCUAUCUAUCUAUCUAUCUAUCAUCUAUAUCUAUCAUCUAUCUAUCUAUCAUCUAUAAAUCUAUCUAUCUAUCUAUCUAUCUAUCUAUCUAUCUAUCUAUCUAUCUAUCAUCUAUCAUCUAUCAUCUAUCUAAUCUUCCUACCUAUGCCUUAGAUAGGUCAUUUAUCUGUAUAUGUCUGCACACACACACACACACACACACACACACAAAAUUCAUUCAUGCAUAAACACACCUAAUUUUCUCUGCUCAAUUUUUUUUACACACAGGCCUUUUUUGUAGAUAUAUUUGCAUCCAGCUCAGUUUCUAAUUUCCCUAAUUUCUAACUGAGACACAGAUGGAGCAUUGAAAUUCAGAUUUGUUCUUCAAGUGAAUCUAUUCUCCAAGAGGACAGUAUUGUAGCAAAGGUCCUUGUGGAAUUGGGUUAUGCUGCAAAUCAUCAGAAGGGCAGGUUCGGUGAGAUGGGCAGUGUGGUAGAGUAGGCAGAGGUUUGGGGAUGGGGGCUUGGGCAAGGAGUAAGGGGAAGGAGGUUCUGGGAGAAGGGUUGUGGGGAAGGGAUUGUUGAGGGAAGCCACCAGGGACAUCAGCCCCUAAUAUAUAAAUAAAAACUGGGUGCAUUUUGAGUCACUCUUUAUCUUGAUAUAAUCCUCUUUUCCAGAAAGAAAGCCAUGUCUUUCAACUCAAAAAAGCUGCAAGACAAGUACCUGCAAGCGAGACCCCAAGAGCAGUCGUUGUAAAUGUAUGAGUGGGUUUACCUUAAGCAAAACAAAGCAAUAUUGUGAAGGUAAUGAAGGAUAACUGCUUGUGAUUGAAUGAUGUGGGUAGGCAGGCAUGCUUGUUACUCUCUAGUCUUUAAACUAUAAACAGAUGCACUAAAUUAGAAAAAUAGAUGGUGUUUCUCCACCAUAUAUAUUUUAGGAACAGAGGGACAAAAAUGUCAGACCGCAAGGCACCUCUUUUGAAAUCUUUCAGUCUGGUUCACAAUGCCAGACUAAUUAGAGGUGGGGGGCAAGGAGGCCGUUUGUGAAAUGCACAAGUCCCAGCUCCUGACUCUCCAUUUUUUUGCCAAAUCAUGAGUCCCUACACUUUUUAGAUACAGUUACUAAUAAAGCUGUCCCUUAUAAUUCAAGUGCUGGCUUGUUCAGAGUGAAGCAGCACUCUAAACUGAUCAGCACUUAACACAUAGAAAUAAAAAGAGUGCCAGUUUUUUGUAAAAUGAGUUGCCCCAAGCAUAGGCAUGUUUGAACCAAGACAGAUGAUGGUGUUGGGUGUCUUAGCCUGAGGUGCAUGGUUUUGUGGCCAACAAGCUAAACACAGAGCUAGGUACAGAUAAGUGAUAAAAUGUUUGGUUGUGAUCAUGCUAUGGGUUCCUCAUGCUUUUUAUUGCACAUUCAUUGUGAUUUGUGUGCAUGAUGCUAUUGGGAUGGUCACACACAACCACACUUUCAAUAGUAUUUGCAUGGUUACAUGGGAUCCUGCUUUUAAUACUGUUUCGGGGGUGGGUGGAGUUUUGGGGCAGUCAUACUGUUUCAUUUCCAAAUAGGGUGUAUCUUGUAACUUCCUGCUAAAACCGCAUAACUUUUCAUACCACAAAUAUUCUGGGGUUUUUUGGUCCCAGCUUUGUCGUACUAUGGCUCUUCUGGACAGCACAUUAAAAACUGCCUUAUAUUGAGUUGGGUCCCUUGGUUCAUCUAGCUCAGUUUUCUCUCCCAUUAGUUGCAGGAAGUUUCCAGUGUAGCAUUGUUUUAUUACUAUUUAUUGAAUUUGCAUCCUGCAUCUUAUCUGAAGAUCUCAAGGCAGUUUACAGCAUAAAAACACAAAAUACAUAAUAAAAAUGAGAACAAAAGAAGCCAAUAACCCUCACCUCCCAAAAGUAGCAUAGCUGUCUUCUCUUACUCAAGACAUCCAAAUAUGAAUAUUGGGCACCUGCAGAUGAGCUGCUUGCUGAUUUUCUUUGCAGUGAGAUUAGAAGGCAUGGACUAUUGAAUGAGCAUUCACUCUGAUUUGUUUGUGCAGAGGUUAGGUAAUGUUACAUCAAAGCAAGUGUUAUCAUACACUUUCUAGUGCAUUUCCCCAUUACUUUCCUUUUCACAGAAGUCUGAUCUUUGUGGGGGUUGGGUUUGUUGUGCAGGAACUCCAAAUCAGCUUUAAUUGUGUUACCUGCAUUUGCAUGUGACUGAAUCCCACGCCCAAAUAGUGACAGCCCAUAAUAUCAUUAAUGAUGUUCUCUUACUUUUUUUAUUAACCCCCCCUUGAAUUUUUAUAAUUGUUCUUUCCUCCCCAUCAGAUGUCAAUGAAUGUGCAUUUUGGAACCAUGGAUGUACUUUAGGUUGUGUCAAUGUCCCAGGCUCUUAUUAUUGUACAUGUCCAAGAAAUUUUGUUCUACUGUCUGACAAGAAAACUUGCCACGGUAGGUAGCUGUCAGACACAAAUACUAGCAUGUUUGCUCCUGCCUUCUGAAAGUCCUCUUCUUAUAGCAGUGGAAGUUUACCAGCACAGCCAUGCUAAUCCAACAAUUUUGUUACAUAGGGAAAUAGGAUGUUGUCUUUUGUUGAGCCAGAUAUUUGGUCCAUUUGGCUUAGUCUUGUCUCCAAUGACUGGCAGUAGCUCUCUAGGAUUCUAGGCCGUGCUUUUCCCAACCCUACCCUGGAGAAGCUGUGGAGUGAACCUGGGUACUCUGAAUGCAAAACCCAGAGGGGUUUAAUGAUCAAUCCCUCUUCCUAGGGAAUUCUGGGAACUGUAGCUCUGUUAGGGGAAUAGGAGUCUCUUAACACUGCUCUGCGCUCUUAACAAACUAAACUUCCCAGGAUUCUUUGAGGGAAGGCACAAGUGGUAUGAUACUGCUUCAAAUGUAUUGUUAUGAGUUUGUGGGUCCCAGAGUUCUAAUCCCUAUAAUCCUAGCAAGUGUUAAAAUGUAGAUCAGGGUAGCUUCCUCAUAGGUGGUUGCCUGGGGAAUGGGCCAUUAAGGGAGAAAAAGAGAGGGGCUCGGGGCUCCUCCUCCAACUUGCAGAUAUUAAGAAGGACAAAAGCCAGAAUUUAGAGUUGAAAAGUAUGCAUUAUUACUAUCAGCCUAUUAUUUCCAAAUUCUAAAAUCUUAUUCAGCAAAAUGAGAAACGUGUGCAUUGUGAGAUUAAAAAACAACAGUCAUGAAUGGUCUGAACAGAUGGGGACAAAUGAGAUUUUCCUCCAGAUCAAACAUCGUUGUUGGAUCAUGGAGUCCUCCACUUUAUCCUGUGUUCAGCUUUCAUGUUGCUGACAUCACUGUACUUGGGUAGGGCUGGUCUUCUUCCUUCAUUCACACAAAUGUUGCUUAUAUGCAGCAAUUGCUCUGUGUCCCAGGUGCACCAUACAGUAGCUCAAAAGGCAGACGUUAUGAUACACACAAGCAAUGCUGGAAGAAGACAAAUAAAUUGCUUCCAUUUAUCUGGACAUGGGACUUUAGGCACAGUUCCUUUCCCCACAUCCUCCUGGUCCAUUAGACACUCUAACUCCAAUAGCCAGUCUUUUCCCUCCUUACUUACAGCAGUGCCAGUCCUUGCUCCAAAAAACCCCAGAGGCUAAACCGUUAUCUUGGAGGCAAGAUGCAUUAUUUUGAUUAAAGAGACCUGCGUAGCUUAAUUCUAAAGGCAGGGGUACUGUGUAUUAAAUCAUACACUCAGAGACAAUCUUGCCAUAUGUUAAAAGAGCUGAGGCUUGAGGAGCCAGGGUGGCUGAAAUUUAUCCCUUCCUUGAAAUUCCCGCAAACCAUUAUUUCCAUUGUUCAAUCUGUCCCCCCUUUAACUCUUAUUUCCUUUGUUUUAAACUUACUGUAGAACUAAUUCCCUGUCCAAGCAGUUACAUUCAUUGCAGCCAUGGUUGUGGGCAGACAGUGAAGGGGCCUGUUUGCUUUUGCCCUGAGGGAUCAGUUCUCCAAGCAGAUGGAAGAACUUGCACAGGUAAGCAUGUGGAGAGUGAGUCACCUGCCUGGGAGGUGAGUGUGUUUGUGUGUACUCACCACCAUUCUUGCACUGUCCAGAUUGGUAUCCUAGGAAUAAGAAACCUAUUUUUAUUAGCAGCUAAAUCAUGUAACAGGUAAGCUUCAAGUUGGACUUCAACCCAAAUGUUCUGACUGAGAUAACUGCUUCCCAGCCUGCUACAAGAUUUUCAUCAUCUACAGUAGCAACCCUGUGAAAUGGAAAAACAGAAGGCAGGGAAAGGGUUAAAGCCCCCCCAACUCAUCAUGAGACACGGAUUUAAAAGUAAAAGAUGCAAUAAAACAUGAAGCAUCCUCUAGACAAGUUUCAGGAUCAUUGGGUUUCACUGCUUCAUUAUCCAAAGCCAUUUCAUAUUGCGGUGUGUGAACGACUUUCAUUUGGUGUGUCAUUAAAUGAGGUUCGGGUGCUUAAUAUCUGCUAGAAUUCAUUGCUUUUUUGGGCAGAGAUUCUUCUGUCUGUCAUGAACAGGGUUUAACAAAAAAUACUGUUUUCCCUGGUGUAUGUGUGAUAUUCAUCCAUUUUACUGCAAAUGUUUUAUGGAGCUUAUGGAUGAAACGUUUUCCUUAAGUCUUUGUCCAGCCAUAACAUUAAUUGUUUAGGGCUGAACUAAAUGUUACACACAACUGUAUGUUUUAAAAUCUUUCUUCUGGUGGUGGAGAGGGUUAUGGUUUGGGAAGGGGUGAUUUUAAGUGUAGAAGCAGACUUCCGGGGUGGCGCCUCCGGAAAAUGGCGGAAUUCCCUUCGAACUGAAGGGAACCCGCUGCACGGAGGCUUGGGUCCUGCCGCUACGGCGCAGCGGGGACCCUUAAAAACCACAGGCGGAAGAAGCCUGUGGGCGUGGGACUUGGCGGGCACCGAGAGCGCUCUCCCCUUGGCACAGGAGCCCGGUACCGGGCUCCGGAGUGGGAGGUGCGUGGGGCUGUGCGUCGUCUGCUUCCUCCGUGCAGCAAAGCCGCACUGCCUUUUUCGGAGAGCGCUGCCUUUUUCCUGGACAAUUUGGCAUCUAAAACAUCUAUCCGUGAGUACCCGAUCCUGGAAGAGCUGAACUACUUUUAAGAUUGGUGAAUAAAUAAAUAACAUUGGACUUGAACUUGAAAUUGAAUUUAAUUGGGACUCGGAACGGAAAGGUCUAAACAGGAAGUCGCCUUCCGUUCUUUUGUUAUGUGAAGAAAGCAAAGACAAAUUAUACUAAAGCCUGGAAACUAAAUUCUGAGAGAACUAAAAUUCAACAUCUAAGAUUUCUGAACCCCCUUCGAUUGCAGGAGAAGAAGGGGUUGUUUUGAUCUUUUCAACCCUGCGGGAGUGAGUUUAAAAUAAAGUAAUUUUCCACCGCCCUGAACCAGGAGCGGGCUGUCAGAACUGACGUUUUGAAGCUUAUCCAGCUCGACAGAUAGUUAAAAGAAGGGUAACAUUUUGAUUCUACUGUUGCCUCUUGAAUUUGAAAGGGGGAAUUUUGGAUAAAGUGUUUCUGGAAAAAGAAAGAUUGUUACUGUUGUUUUUCCCCCUUUUAUAAAAAAAAAAAAAGGGUUUUCCAUCUAGUGGAACUGAGUGAAAUUGCAAUGCAGAGAGUUUAAAAGAGAAGGAUCAUUCUCGUGGGAAAGAAUUUUUUCUGACCUUGAAGGACAAUGCUUGUACAAAGGCUUGAACAAGUGUUCCUGGAAGGUUUUGCAAAAUUAAGUGCCCAGCUGGACCAGAUGCGUCAGGAGUCGACCUUGAUGAGGACGGAAGUUACCAGAGCACAGCAGCAAACAAAUGAAAUUCAGUUAAAGUCUAUACAAGUAUAUGAACCUGCUGUCGCGACGGAGGCUUCAGAGAUGGAGGGACCUAUGGAUGGGCAAGAGCAGCCUUUGAACUUGAUAAAUGAACUUGGGACAAACCUGAUUCGGAAAGAGGAAAUGUGGUCAGAUUUGGAAAUGGGGGGAUGGAUUGACACCCCUCUAUAUGGUUAUUUGGACUUUCCAAGUCUAGUGAUGGGCCAUCAGAGGAAUGGAGUAGUCGAAGUCUCCAAGUUUCGUGGAAAUUGGAAGUGGUAUUAUCUGCUGUCUGGCUUGGGCAAUGGGUUUGGGAUGGACUUGCUGCAAAGAGUCAAAAGCAUCUUCUUGCUGGAGUAUCCACGACUGAAAGGGAAAUAUCAACAAGAGUGGCGAAAGGGGCAAGAAAGAGACUUGAGGGCCUCGGAUAUGAGACAACCAGGUUAAGGAGCCGGAUUAUUGAGGUUAAAAGGACUGACAAUCCCGGGUCCAGGGAGAGGAGGCUGGAAGUUGACUGGAUUGAAUCUGACUUAUUGUUUUUGCUUUCUUAUUUUUAAUAUUGGGAAUGUUUAUAAAUGUUUGAAGGAUGUUGAAUGAAAUUAUAUGACUUAAGUAAGGAUUGGUAAAUGAUUUGAAAAAGGUAAUGAUGUAAGAAUUUGCUAAAUAUUGAAUAUAAGCUUUGAGUUUUAAAGUUUUUAUAUGACAAGAGGGAAAAUAGAAUAAGGAUACGCAAUGAUAGAUCGUUAUGAAAAAACAGAAAGGAUUUGCUGUAAAAAUUAAAUACUAAGAAACAAGAGACGGAAGGAGGAGGAAGUCUAGAAAGGAAGUUAAUGGAGAUCGUAAAGGAUUCUAUAUUUCUGUUUUUCUUUUUUUUUCUUUUUUGCGGCUGGGUUUUUUCUUCUUUACUAUUUCUGUAUUAUUUUUGUUUUAUUUGUAUUUUCAAAUUUUUUUUGGAAAUUUUUGUUGUUACUUGUUACUUUUUGAAAAUUUAAUAAAUAUCAAUUUUAAAAACAAAAAAAAGAUUUUAAGUGUAGAAGCAGCAGUGUUUUUAACCCUUUACGUACCCACCACUUUUCAGUGACAACACUGCCCCACCAUGAUGACUGCUUCUUCUCUACUCAAAAUCUCUUCUCCCAAAGCUGUUUUUCCUUAAAAGAAGCAGAUUUCAAACCAUACGUUUGCAUGUGGCAUGCAGAUUGGCUCAUAGAGGUUCUUGCUUAGUGGACACAUAGGAACUGCAGCAAAACGUUGCAGCGUUUCAACCUUCCUAAAGUAAGAACUCCUGUUUAGGGUUCUAGUCUUCCAAUCCCGCCCCCUCCCCACGACUCAUCAUUUUUCUUUUCCGACUGUCACUCCACAUUCAGAGGGCAGUGCUUGCAGCACUUCAUAGACUAUGGGCAGACACGAGAAUGUGGCCUUUCAAGUGUUGUAAACGAUCACUAUCUUCUGAGUUUAAGCCUCUGUAUACAGGUUAACUUUAAAUAACUCCUCUUCCCUCAAAGAAUUCUAGUUUGCUAAGGCCUUCUUGGAAUUGUAAGUUUGUGAGGGGUAAACUACAGUGUCCACAAUGAGAGCCAGUGUGGUGUAGGGGUUAAGCACAGUGGACUCGUAAUCUGGUGAACCAGGUUUGUGUCUCCGCACCUCCACAUGCAGCUGCUGGGUGACCUUGGGCCAGUCACACUUCUCUGAAGUCUCUCAGCCCCACUCACCUCACAGAGUGUUUGUUGUGGGGGAGGAAGGGAAAAGGAGAAUGUUAGCCGCUUUGAGACUCCUCAGGGUAGUGAUAAAACAGGAUAUAAAAUCCAAACUCCUCCUCCUCCUCCUCCUCCUCCUCCUCCUCUUCUUCUUCUUCGAGGGAAAAUAAUGUGCUUCAAAUGAGCUUUAAACAUAUAGUGUGUACACAGGUGAUGCAUGAGUAAACCUUCUUAUACUUAGAAUAUUCCAUAUAUUACUAAAUUAGAGUGGUUAGCAACUAUGGCAAAUCUUUCUGAAGUUAUCUAGACAUCGUGUCCAAACUUGCUAACUGUCAGAGACAGCCAACCAUGAGGAAUGGACUUCCUUUUUUGGAGUUUGGAAGAACCUCCUUGCCUUGAAGCUCCAGUGAGAGACAAUAUGGUAGAGACCCUAGUCCUUACCUUCCUUGGAAGCAAACACUCACCAUUUUCAAAAAGAACAGUCUUGUUUUAGAAAGUUUAAUAAUAUUUAGAAGGUUUAGUAACAAUUAAUAAGGCUUCAUUAGGGUGGGUGGUGAUGUUUAAUGUAAGCCUUGUUGUAAUAUAAUUUUAGUGUUCAAUUUUUUUCCAUGGUCUCUUAAAGGUUGUUCAUCUCCUGAUAAUGGUGGUUGCAGCCACAUUUGUGUUUCUCUGAGUCCAUUAACUUGGACAUGUGAUUGCUUUCCUGGCUAUAUUCUCCAGGAGGACAAAAGACACUGUACUGCUGCAGGUUAGUAGCACAUCAGUUGGUUUCAUUAAAAGCAAACAUGAUUUCAGUAGUGAAGAAACUCUGGAAGUAGACUGAAUACGUUCUUGUCUGACAUCACUCUUUCUCCUUAGGUUGAGCUAAAAGACAUCUGAAGGCAGCCCUGUUUAGGGAAGCUUUUAAUGUUUGAUGUAUUACAGUAUUUUAAUAUUUUUUUGGAAGCCGCCCAGAGUGGCUGGGGAAGCCCAGCCAGAUGGGCAGGGUAUAAAUAAUAAAUUAUUAUUAUUAUUGUUAUUAUUAUUAUUAUUCAACAUCUGAAGUUGGUUGUGCACAAUGUUGAUUGCCUGACAGCUGUGAUGUCAUAAUUCCUUUGCUCCUCUCCCUCUGAAGCAAUUUUCUAAUAAUAAUAAUAAUAAUAAUAAUAAUAAUAAUAAUAAUAAUUUUAUUAUUUGUACCACACCCAUCUGACUGGGUUUCCCCAGCUACUCAGGUGGCUUCCAAAGUAUAUAAAAACAUAAUAAAACUUUACACAUUAAAAAGCUUCUCUAUACAGGACUGCCUUCAGAUGUCUUCUAACGAUUAUAUCUGUCUAUGUGGUUUCAAUGCACAAGUGGCUCUUUAUAAAAAUAAAAAUGUACAGCUCAGAUAAAAGCAUGGUGGAGAGAUAAGACUGACAACUCAGUUUUCCUUUGAGUUUAACCUUACAGAGAGAGUUUCUCUAAUUUCCCCCAAUUUCCUCUAAAGUUUCUCUUUCUUCCCUGUGUUGUGGCUUUUUUCUCUUUUCCAUAUGGAAAAAGAAGCAUAUGCCAUACCGUUCAAAUGUCACAUUCUGUUUUUCUGUAGACUUCAUAUAAAAAAAACUUUUUAGGGGAAAAAAUGGUCUGCAACACCGUUUGUCCUUAGUGUGCAAAAGGCAAAAGUAACUCUGUAAUCUUCAAGGUUUCUUCUCUAAAGAUUAUUAUGGGACUAGAAGAGCUAACAUGCUAUGAAAUUUGUCACAAACAGGGCUGAAGCCGUUUCUGUUGUUUGCACAGAGCCGAGAGAUCCGCCGUAUUGGUUUUGAUGGAACAGAUUACUCAAAUUUACUCGAGUGGCAGAUGGGAAUAGUCUUAGCUCUUGACUAUGACCCUGUUGAAAAUAAGGUAAGGCAUUUGCAAACUAGAGGAUUUUGAAGUGUUGCAAGGACACUUGGCUUUUGCUUCUUUGCAUUUUAACCUCUUGGUUACUGGUUCUCCUUGAUGCGCAUUAGUUUAGAUUAGAUCUAUUUAAUAUAUUUAAAAAUAUCUCUAAGCUUGGUACAGAAAACUGAAGCAAAAUCAAACAACUUAAACAGAACAUUGUUGCACGCCACCCUGUUCUCUGAGUGGUACGAGAUUCAUGGUGUUCCAGGCACUUACGCAAGGUCUGUGUUUCCUUUUGGGAAUGAGGCACAACGCAAACAAUGGCAAUAUUACAAAAAUACAGAGUUACAUAUAACAAUGUUACAUUAUCGAUUCAUUUUGCUUCAGACACACCCUGUCAGCCUCCGGCUUCUCACCCAGGGUCCAACAAACUCACAACUCACCCACAAAAAUCUCACAAUGAGAAGAGUUCUUGGAAACAGCUGACAACCUGCUAUCUUUUCAGAUAAUGUAUCUGGACACAGUUGCUUUGUGCUUAUGUCUUAUGAUCCUUAAGAAUCCAUCAACGGUUAAAUGGAAUUCCUCAUUUGCUUUUGCUUUUUAUUUUUAAUUAAGUUUUUGAAAAUUUUAUACAUAUAAAACAAAACCAUUUCAAACAUUAAAAUACAGAGUUCUUUCGAACCCUUAGACCUCCUUCCCUCCCUCCAUGGGUUCCAUCUUUAAGAUUAAAUUUACUGCAUCUUUUACCCUUAUCUAUCUAUUAUAUAACCAUAAUUACCAUAAAAAAUUCACAUUACGAGUGUCUUUACAUCCCUGCCAAAUAUUUUAACUGUUUACAGUGGUCUUUUAAAUAAAUUACAUAUUUACUCCAGUCUUUAGAAAAUACUUGAUCUUCCUGGUUUUGGAUCUUCCCUGUCAGUUUUGCCAUUUCCGCAUACUCCAUCAGUUUCACCUGUCAUUCUUCUUUUGUUGGUACUUCUCCUUCUUUCCAUCUCUGAGCUAGUAGCAUUCUCGCUGCCGUCGUUGCAUUCAUGAAAAGUUUUUUAUCUUCUCUUGGGAACCCUUCACCUAUUAUACCUAGUAAAAAGUCUUCUGGUUUUUUGAGAAAUUUAUUUUUAAAUAUUUUCUUUAACUCAUUAUAUAUCAUUUACCAGAAAGUCUUUACCAAUGUACAUGUCCACCACAUAUGAUAGAAAGUGCCCUCUUUCUCUUUAUAUUUCCUAUAUGUUUUCUCAUACCACAAAUAAGCGUGCCACCCAAAUCUAUUAUGACCCUCCGAAUUUAGUAAAUCUGUAUUUUUUAACAAGAUCCAUUCCCGCAACCAGCAGAGACAGGUCGCUUCAUAAUAUAACUUCAAAUCUGGCAAAGAGAAGCCUCCUCUCUCUUUAGAAUCAGUUAGCAAUUUCUAUUUUAUUCUUGGAAUAAAAAACCAGGAAUUCUGACUUUCUCAAUGCACUAACAUGACUUAUCUUUCAUACUUGGCAUUUCCAAAUUUGUUUCAAAAGGUAUCAGCAACCAUACCCACUGUUUUUAGUGUUCAGGGAUAAAGGCCAAUGUGUAUGUAGCCAAAACAGUACUAUCAAUGCACGAGAGAGGCAGGAGCAGCCUCAAAGGAACCCCAUGGUUUGCAGAACUUAAAACAAAAAGAAAAACUGCUGCUGUUUAGAAAACUAAAAUGGGGGGGGGGACCCUCAGAAACACCCAAGAAAGAUUGAGAAUGAGCAGUAGCCAUGGAAUGACUGACAGUUGCCAGGUGGGAAAACUGAGUGGAAGAGGGCGUGGAAUGGAGUAUUUUGGAGCAGGGGGUAACUAACUGACUGGAGCACUGAACAGGAACAGUCCAUACUGUAACCAUUUCUUGCAGGUCCUUAGUGAAAGCCUAUCAGAUUUCAGAAUUAUUUUACAGAUUACUGAUUGUUUCUCCUAUUGCAAGUUGCUUGGCUGAAAGAGAAGCACAGGUUAUUGAAGAGAUGGUAUAUAGGGCAGUCAGGAUUUACUUGCUAAGCAUGCUCAGGCUGCAGAAGUCAUUCUGGUUGAAGGAUAAGUGCCUGCUUAUUUGAUCUGUAAUCAUGGGCUACAAUUUUGUAAUUACUCAUUUAUUUCCCCCCCGCCCUAAAGAAAUUUCAUUGCUGAUGGUAAAGCCACUAGCUAAGGAAAUCCUGCUCUCUAAUAAGAUGAGCAAUAAUCAGCUAUAAACCUUCUGUUUUUCUCAUUACAGAUUUAUUUUGCUCACACAGCCUUGAAGUGGAUAGAGAGAGCUAAUCUGGAUGGCUCAGAUCGUGAAAAUGUUAUCCGCAAAGCAACGGAGAAACCUGAAGGACUCGCCAUCGACUGGAUUAACCGCAAAUUGUAUUGGACUGACUGGGGGUAGGUUUCUCUCUCACACAUAUUACAGCAAACUUAAUGCUGGCGUAAGACAUUUUGGGAAAUGAAUGACUGGCAAAAGACUGGCGUAAUUGAAAUGUUGUUCUCAAAGAUGCCAGUGUGCUCUUGUGUGCUUAAGUCAUAACAGAAAGGUUUAGCAAAUGGAAAAUGCCAUCAUUGCCCAAUGUCGAAGGGUCAGGCAGACCUUUUUGCUGAACAUUAUUCUGCAUAGAAGUGGUCAUGGAAGGCAGUGUCUGCAUGAAGAGCAGAUCCAUACCUUUUGGGGCAAUAAAAUCAGUGGUGGAUCAGUGUCCCCUGUGUGUAAAUUCUCUUAAGCCUCUUUUCUCUGACAUUUCUACAGAAAUUUCUCAGCUCUGGGGCACCAUAAAGGAAGGGAACAAUUUUUUACUUAAAUGAGGAAAUCACAAUGGAGUGGGUGUGGGAGAAGCUGCACACUUUUUGAGCCAAGGCCAAAGAAUUAUGAUGUCAUGUCAUGUCAUGCCAUGCCCUGAUGUCAUAUCAUUUGCAUUCAGUGAUAAUUCUGUGGUGCUUAAAAAGAAGUGUGCAGCAUGUUUUAAGGAGAUGUGUGCUAUGUAUCAGCAAAUUAUGAUGCAGGCUAAUAAUAUUAUCCCCAUGUUAUGGAUGGGGGUGGAUAAGGCUUGCUUAAGACAAACAAUGGCUUUUGUGGUUUUUAAACAGGGCAAUUCAUGCUCUUAAAAAAGGUAAAGGACCCCUGACAGUUAAGUUCAGUCGCAGAUGGCUCUGGGGUUGUAAAGCUCAUCUUGCUUUACAGGCCAAGGGAGCCGGCAUUUGUCCGCAGACAGCUUGUGCUAAACCAGUUCUUGAUCCUGAUAUAAGCUGUAAUUACUGUUACAGUUAUAUGCAGUAACAUUAACAGAAUGGCUGGUUGCAUAGCAAAAUAGAAUAGAAACUCCCUUAGCUAGACAGCUUAUGACUUAUGUAAGAGGGACAAAGCAAAACUGAGAAGGAGAAAUCAGGAAGGGAGAUAGGAGUGAUGGAGCAGAACAAAACUGGAUGGAAAUAUGGAUGGUACGUGAACUGACUGUAGCUACAAACGAAAAGAGCAACAGUUUAUUUUGUUGGUAAUAAAUUACUGUAGUAACUAAUCUAUCUGCAUGUGUACGCAGGAAGUCCCAAAUUGAAAGUAGCAAUCUGAAUGGAAUGCAGAGGAAAGUAAUUAUCUGGGAAGAUGUAUCUCAGCCUCGGGGAAUUGCUGUCCAUCCAUUCACUGAGUAAGAAGUGAAACUUUCUUUGAAACUGGCAGCAGGAGGUGUACAGACUAAAGAAUAAAGCCAGUAAUGCAAUUAGAUUAUUUUAGAUUUUGGGCUUCAAUGUCUUCUUUAGACUGCAAUCCUAGCCCCAUUUACCUAGGAGCAGGUCCUGUUGAAUUCAGUGAGACUUACUUCUGAGAAGAUGUGGUUAAGACUGCAGCCUUACAGGCUCAUUAGAUGGGAAUGUUUAUAACUUUAUUUAAAGAAAAUGUGGUUAGCCAGCCCUGCUGUGUUGGGUGGGGCUGGGGGGGGUUGAUAUUAUGAUCAUUCUGCUGAGUGGGGUUCUGGACUUCUGCCCCCAAAUCCUGCCCAGAAUGCACCACUGAACAAAGUAUGUGACACUGUUAUUUAGAUACAUGUUUUGGCAUGAAUGCCUAUAUGGAGUGUGUCUACAAAGCUAAGCCACUCGGAACAUGGAUCAUUUCUUUCUUUCUAAGUAUUUAUAACCUGCUCUUGUGUGAGUGUUUUGAUCCCAGAGAGGCAUAGGAACCAACCCCUAGGGGCUAUGGGGGCUUUGAGCCCCACAAUAAAAUAUUUGAGGGGGGCUGAGCACAAACUUUGCCCACAAAGUUGAUGAGCAUUCCCAUUCAAAUGGCAUUUUUGCACUGCGUUAUGUGAUUGAUUAUGUGGGGCGGGGCUUAUCUGGGCCCCCACAAUAUUUUAUUCAAGUUGGCACCACUGCAGAGGGGGAUGAAAUAAAAAUAGGCAUUGAAAUAAUUCAAAGGGUUUUUUAUCCCUAGAGCAUCUGUCCAGAAUGACACCUGAGGUUGUGGUGGUCUAAUAUGGGGAAUCACAUUCACAUGGGAGAUAAGGGAGUCAAUUUUUCCAGUAAGGCAACAUCAAACUGAAGCAUAUUGACAUACACAGCUUGUAGGAUAAUUGUGGGUUUAUGGCAAUUGCUUGUCAACUGUUAGUGUACACAGGAGUCAGACCAAUUGGUCUAUCUGGGUCAGCACUGCCUACAUUGACUUGCAGGAUUUCAGGCCAUAAACAUUCCCAGUUCUACCUAGAGAUGCUGGGGAUUCAUCCAGGGAAUCUUCUGCAUGCAAAGCAGAUGCUAAACCAUGGGUUGUAGUGGCAUGGCAACGUUGAAUUAACCACGUGGGGGUGGGUUUGUCUACCUCAGUUAAACCCAAAGGCUUUCCUCACAGCUGUCAUGUGCUGCACUCAUCACGAGAAAAGCAUAAUUGACAGUUUUGAUCUGCAGAACUGGCACAGUUAUAGGUGCUACAUAAUAUUCAUUCCACACUUGUAAGAAAUAAAUAUUUUUGUGUUGCAGCACCUUUCCUUUGGAACUCCCUAGUCUCAGGCAGCCACUUUCACUGUACUCUUUUUCGCACCUGCUUAAAACAUUUUUCUUCAAUCAAACCUAUCCAGACAUGUAGAAGUCAACAAUUCUAUGAUUCUGAUUUUGGCUUAUUGUAGACUAUAAUCAUUAUUUCAUUUAAAAAAAUAAUUCGUAUUUUAGCCCUGUCAUUUAUUGACAAUGCUAAUGUUUGCAAAUAUAGCCUCUAAGCAGUUUACAAAAAAAUAAAACAGUCAAAUUAUAUAAAUUCUGUAAAAAUAAAAUAAAAUAAAAAUAAUUCUCUUGGUGACCACUGUGGCUUGAAAUGUGCUUGUUGAAGUUGUCAUGUGAAUUUUGUUUUGUUUUGUCACAGCUCAAGGAUCAGGGAGAGAAUUUAACAUACAAAAUAAUAACCUACCUGUAUAAUUGCUUACAUUUAUAUCAUCCACAACAAUAAAUCCUGUAAUGUAUACAAUGUUUUAAGUAUUUUCUCUCUCUCUCUCUUUACUGCAAGGUGAAAGUAAUUUUUUUAAAAAAAUAAAUAAAUCUCUUUUUCUUCAAUAAAGGCAACUAUUUUGGACAGACGUAGGGAUUAAUCCACGGAUUGAAAGGUCUUCCUUACAAGGCUUUGAUCGUCUCAUUAUAGUAGAUUCCAAUUUGCUUUGGCCCAGUGGAAUAACGAUUGACUACUUUGCUGACAAGCUAUACUGGUGUGAUGCAAAAAAGGCUGCUAUUGAGACUUCAAAUCUGGAUGGUUCUGAACGGCAAAUACUCACACAGAAUGAUGUAGGUGAGGCUUUGGGAUUGACAGUUGUCUGACCAUAGAUGCAAGAGUUUCAGUGCAUUGGUAUGCUGCACAUAUAGAAAUAUCAGUGAAAGGCCACCUUUUGAGUUAACCAGUGCCUUGUGAAUUCUACAGAUUGAUGCCAGUUGAAAAAGGAGUAAAUUCUUAACCCAGUUUCAGGAAACCUGCAUAUUUUUUCUAUGCUUUUACUGAAGUUAUCAGUCUAUAUUAUGAACUGCUUUGAGCAAACUGGGGUGGGGUGGGUGAAAACAGACAUAUAUUCAAAGAUAACUAUAGAAAUAAGCUGCAGUUUUGCAAAGGGAAAAGAGAUAUGUGUAAUAAUAUGAGAGGGGAACAGGCUUUUCUUUUUUAAAAUGGAAAGGUCUAUAAGAGACAACUAAAAAUAUACAGUAACUAGUUCUCUGCUGAAAGUUCAUGGCAUUUUGUUCUUUUUUGCUACAAGCAUUGCCAUUUCAGACAGAAACCUCUUUCUUGCAGUUUGUUUAUCAGCCUACAGCCAUUGUUUCCCUGAUUUGUUUCAGUGCUACUUGAAAAGAACUUCCUCACUGCAUUAUCCCAGCCUCUUGAGGAAACAAAGCCGUUUCACUGUUCUCACUUGAGUUGGGAAUAAGGGAAUAUGUCCCUAUUCCUCUGUCAGCUGAAUUGAGGAUCACUGGCUUGCCAUGCUGUGUCAGUGCUUGUAUGACAAGACUUGUAUGAGCUGGCACAACUUUCCAUUUCUGUGCAGGUAGUCAGUUAGGUAAAGGUAAAGGGACCCCUGACCAUUAGGUCCUGUCAUGACCAACUCUGGGGUUGCGGCGCUCAUCUCGCUUUUAUUGGCCGAGGGAGCCGGCGUACAGCUUCCGGGUCAUGUGCCCAGCAUGACUAAGCCGCGUCUGGCGAAUCAGAGCAGCACACAGAAACGCCGUUCACCUUCCCGCUGGAGUGGUACCUAUUUAUCUACUUGCACUUUGACAUGCUUUCGAACUGCUAGGUGGGCAGGAGCAGGGACCGAGUGACGGGAGCUCACCCCGUCGCGGGGAUUCAAACUGCUGACCUUCUGAUCGGCAAGCUCUAGGCUCUGUGGUUUAACGCUUCAGUUACUCAUGACUAAUUGGGCAGUAUGUGGAUGAGCUUAUGCAUAGGAACACACAUCCAGAUGUACAUUCCACUGAAAGUGGAUAACAAAUGUAUACUAUCCACAUUCAGAUUUGCUUCUAUGGAUCUGCCAUCUGUGAUACAUAGCUUGGCCAUGCCAUGCAGCAGGGUGAACUGGUGUACUUCAGGAAGAACCAGGAAGGAAGUAUAUAUGAAGAAGGAGUUGGGCUUCAGUUUAUGCUGCAAAGGUCUUGGGUUGUCACCAUUAUUCUCAAUUGGAUGUUCCCAGUCCACAUCCCCAAUCCCCUUUUGCCCCAACUAGUCAACAAUCUGUGACUGUAUUGGGGCAAAGACUAGGGCAGGACUAGUUAAAAUGGGUGGAAGCUACAGGAGCGUGGGUUUUGGUGGAACAUCAGGAGGAACGCCUUGACACUGGAACCUGUUUUCUAGAAGGAUGGUGAGCUCUCCCUUGCUGGAGAUCUUCAGGUAGAGACUGAGCAGCCAUCUGUUGGAGAUGUUUUAGCUCUGGGUUUCCUGCUUUGAGCAGGGGGUUGGGCUAGAUGACCUACAAGACCCCCCCUCAACACUAUCCUCCUAUAAUUUUAAGCAUUGGUGUGGUUACCUUGGCAAUGGGGAUGUGUACCUUCCUACCUUUAGCACCUACUUCAUUGCAGUUUUACACCCUUUUGGAAAGAGAUGUGAAAAAUAUUGGAAAACUGGGCAUGUUCUUUCAGGGGAGAAAAUGUUCACUCCACUACAGCCCCAUUUUGGCUCAACAGUACUAUUAAUAUGCAAAUGCUUUGACUGCAGAUUUAUUAGAGUAAGGAUUCUUGCUGCAGUGCUACUGCCAUCUACUGUUGCUCUUGGUGUCGUGAUCUGUGAAUAAUGAGACUCAUCAACUGCAAGAACAGCAUGGCUUUACAUUCCUUGUUUUGCUGCCCUUGUUAUGAGGGGCUGAAAAUAUAUCAUAAAAUUAUAGCUCCUGAUUUGGACAAGGAAGGGUUUUUUUUUUGUCCUUCAUAAAUUGGCAUGGAAUUAGGUCAUAUGAAAACAACAACAACUGAGUUAAAGAAUUAAGUCUAUGGUGAAACUCAAACAAUAUGAUUGAUAUAGAAUUAUAGGGCUGGAAAAGGGAUACAAAAUCAUUCGCCCUAUCCACUACCAAAAGCUCAGUUCUCUGUCCAGUUUACCUCUAGCUGCUACUGCAAUUAACUUUGGCCAUCUCAACCACGGUAUGCCACAAAGCAGAAAUGCAAAAGCAAGGUAACAGCAGUCUAAAAAAUGCCACAGAGAAGAAAGAGCAGCUGACCUCCUAUCCGCUGUGCAUAAUGCAACAAGCAGCAGUUUUGAACUCCAGAAAAGUUACUUUGAACAAUGGAACAAGCUGUCAGCAUGUUUGUGACAGCUCCUUCCUUGGAGGCUUUUAAGCACUGAAUAAGUUCUUGGUGGUGGAUCAGGGCUCGGCAAUGUGUCAUGCCAUGCCCUCCCAUGGCAGCCAUUUUUUUUACAAGCCACCCCCCCCCCCAUAUCUGCCAUUUUGUGAUUGGCAUCCAGAGCAUGUUCUCAAAAUUCCAAACACACUCAGUGGUCUCAAAAGGUUGUCAACCCCUGCUGAAUAUGCUUCCUCAGGAAAAGAGGUCAAACUGGGUGACCUGUGGGUUUUGUCCUAUCUAUGACAGCCCUUGAUUUAUAUACAAUGUUAAGUAUAAUGUGAGGAAUAGAUGCUUGUGUGCAUAUUCACUGAUGUUUUCUUCAGUAUGUUGGUGUGAUGGGAUUAUAAAGAGCAUACAUAUCUAUAUUUUUUAGGCCAUCCAUUUGACAUAACAGUGUUUGAGGAUCACAUUUGGAUCUCUGACUGGGCAAGGCCUUCGUUGCUGAGAAUGGACAAGAAGACUGGCCUAAAUAGGGUCCGACUUGGAGGGAGCAUGUUGAGACCCUCGUCAUUGAUCGUCAUUCACCCCUUAGCAAAACCAGGUAUAUUUCAAGGGUUAGGCAGCUGUUUUCCUAUUAGCUCCAGCUAACAGGGCCUAUUAGGUAGGUUGACUGAAUGAGCAGCAGAGUGGUGGGCUAGGUAUUAUUUGGCAAAUGCUGUAGAUAGUGAAGACAGAAAUGAACCCCUGGUGGCAAAUGAGCUAGAGACCAACAACCCAUGUGUGAAGUAUCUUAUCAGUUGAAUGUUGUUGCUAUUACUCUGAAUUUUGUGUGUCACAGGAAUCCUGUGUGAAAUAAAUAUGUGUUAUUUCACAACAUGCAGAUCCCUGCAGCUAUUACUAACCCGUUUGGUCCCAGAAACAAGCUGCAUUUGCUUUCUUUUAUAAAUUGGAAAGCUGCAUAUACGACAGUGAUAUUUGCUAAUCACCAGCCAGCUAUGCAAGAAAUCCAAUGCAUUGACUUGGCAUGCAUGAAAGGACUUUUGAAGAUGGCCCUUUCCCCCUGCAGCCUCUGAAAAUUAACUUUAUACAGUUGGGGGACUCUGCAGAAUAUGGAGGAGGAGAAUGUAGGGAAAGGGGAAAGAAUGAAUCAGCAAAAACUGCCUUUUCUCAUCUUCUCUUCUAUAAGCAUCAUCACCAACAAGAAAUUUAUCCACCCUUCAACAUGAAGUUCUAGGGAAGGUUAUAACAAUUUAAAAUUGAAGAAUUAAAAACAGUACUAUCACAGGAUUAGGGAGGGUCCUGAAAACACAAAUCUCAGGUGUUAAGAGCAAUUUAGGGGCUGCCACAGAGAAUGCCCUCUCCUGGGUCUCCCUCCCAAACUUCUGAGGGAGGUGGAACUACCCAAAGGGCCCUCUCUGCUGAUUUUAACACCUGAUAAAGUCUAUAGGGAAAGAGGCAGCCCUUCAGAUAUUGGGACCUUGGUCAUUUAGGACUUUAAACACUAAUGUGAGCACAUUCAAUUAGGCCUGGAAACAAACUAGAAGUCAAUGCAGCUGUUUCAGAACUGGGGUUAUGUGGCAACCUCAACAGUAAUCUGACUGCCGCAUUUUGGACCAGCUGAAAUCACUGAGUCGUCUUCAAGGGCAGUGCCAUGUAGAGUGCAUUGCCAUAUUCUCAUCUGGAAGUUACUGGUGGAGGCAUGUGCUGGAUCAAAAGCCCUUCUGAGUGCGUGAGCCCCAGCUGGAUGCCACCCUAGACCUAAACUUCAAAAUGCUUUGAGUCUUAUUGUUAUUGUUUCAGGUUGCAGAGUCACAUCCAAGGCAGGAGUGCUGACUAACAAGACAUUAUUAGCCCUGAAAACACCCCACCAGCAUCCUCAGAGUCACAGUUCAUACGGAGAUAGCAGAGGAGAUGCAAAACAGAUGAAACCGAUGCUGACUGCUGAAAUCGUGGUGUCUAGUAAAGAUUGCAAUUCCCUAUUUCAUAACUCCAGGAAGUGGUUGAUUCAUCAAGCGUUGGGCAAUGUGGUUUCAGACAGAUAUGCCCUGAAUAGGCUUACCAACAACUAUUGAUGUUAAAAGGCAGGGAGUCCCAGGGCAUGGGUGCUGCUAUUAAACACAAAAAUAAUUUGUUGCAAGUAUAUUUGAGGACAUGUUUCUGCAUAGCAAGAAAAUGGAGGAAAUCCAGGUUCAGUGGUGGAGAAUGUCCUAGUAGGGCAUAUCAUUUUAGGGGGGGUGAACUUUUUGCAAAUUUCUUCAGUGAGAAGUGUAUUGAAAGGUUGGCUCUAAUUAAUUUGUCCUGAGUAAUGACCUAUUCUGAGCACAUGUACUAUGAACAAUGAGAAUGAGCAUGCUUUGUUUUGUGCCACAGACCAGGACAGUUGCAUAUGGCUGGGAUGUGAUAUCAACGCCCAGUGCAUUUUGAAUGAAGAUGGCACUACUUGUCAAUGCCAGGCAGGGUUCAUCAUGGAAGGCCAACUGUGCUAUGGUAAUUUUAGUGUCAUAUGUUUAUUUUAUUUUGUUUUGUUUUAUUUUAUUAUUUUAUUCAUGUGGAUAUUUGUAUACAAGUUUUAAGGACUAUUUGGCCCUCCCAAGGAGAUGUACAUCUUUACCCCCUCCCACAUAUAGAGUUGAAUCCCACUAAGAGAAGACCCAUUUAAAUCAAUGGGCUUGUGGUAGUCAAGUCCAUUGAUUUCAAUGGGUCCAUGCUGAGUAUGACUUAGUUGGGUGCGACCCACAAUAUACAAUAAAGCAAGUAUCAGUGGUCAGGGAUCAUGAGAGUCAUAGUCCAAAAACAAAUGGGGACCCAAGGUUGAGAAAGCUAGAUCUAGACUUAAAAACAGUUACAUUUUUAAAUGCAGUCAACACUGUUUUCAAUCUAGUUCUUACCAAAAAAACCAAAAACCCUUUCCAUUCCUUCUUGCAGCUUUUAACCUUGUUUCUGUUGUAGAUGUUAAUGAGUGUGCUUUCGACGUGGACACAUGCGAUCGGAGCUUGUCGAGUUGUAUCAAUACCGAAGGCAGCUACUUUUGUGAGUGCCUUGUGGGAUAUACGGGAGACGGGCUCCGCUGCUCUGGUGAGUGGAUGGGAGGCUGUUCCUGCUUGUCCUCUAAACUCUUGCACUUGGGAUGAUUUGCUGAUAUUCUGCAAAGGGAUUUUUGUGGCAGGCUUCUGAAUGACAGCCAAAUUGAACAUGAGCUAUUUUUUUUAGGGUUGUAGUGAUGCAACUUUACCUCUUGAUUUUGCAUUCUAAGUAUUCACCUUUUGUGGUACAGUCUAGCCCAGGGGUAGUCAACCUUUUUAUACCUACCGCCCACAUGCAUCUUUCUUGAUGGUAAAAUUUCCUUACCGCCCACCAGUGCUUGAAGGAAGGAGGAUUCAGCUUGUGCCGUAGAACCCCCUGCCGCCCACCUAGAAUCCUGAAUCGCCCACUAGUGGGUGGUAGGGACCAGGCUGACAAGCCCUGCUCUAGCCUGUACCACCAAGCAGCUCUGCCACAAGCCUUGCUUUUCAACCUCUAAGCUAGUGGGUUAGAAGAUAGAUUUUCCUUGCAACACACAUCCAAACAUUAUGAUGUAAAAAAUAAAUUAAAAAAUGCAUCAAUGUGUUUGUAAUUCCUAUAUAAACUAGCCUUUAGGGCCUUCUGUGCCAAAACUAAACUUCUGAGCUCUGAUGAUGCUCUCCUUUUGAGCACUUCCUGUUCUUCAUGAUGUGCAGCCUCAACACUUCAUCUAUAUGUAAAGCCUUCAGUUGCCACCUUGUCAACUGGAUGUUUUCUUCUCCUUUUGUUAGGCAGAUCUAAUGGAAGGAGGGUGGGGGUGGGGAAUGACCCAACAGAGAUUUAUUGGAAAUCAUUACCAUGCAUAUAAACGAAAGCAAAGUAUUGAGUCAGUCAUAAUACUCAGCAAAUAAUUUUAUGUUGGUUUAAUAGUCAUGAGAUUCAGAGUGCUGACAUUUACAGUCUGAAUACAUUUAAAUCCAUGUUCACAAUUAAGGCCAGACUCACUGAUCCCCACAACUAGGUCUGACAUUAUUCUAUCACUAUGCUGUAUAUGGCUUUUAUUCUCCCAGUAUCUCAGUAUUUUGUUCUCAUUUCAUUUGUAGCAUGUGUGCUGCUUUUCUAUGUGACUACUCAAACAGUAGAAAUAACAAGCUAUGCCACAAUAAAUCACAUUGUCAUCUUAGAAGACUUUGAAAUAUAAUUAAAAUAAACAAUUAAAACAAUUCAGGAAUCCAUUUUGCAAUAUAGUAGUAUGAGAUAAUAAAAAAAUGUUUUUAUUUCUCACAUUUCUGUCUUUCUUUUAUUUUGAAAGCUCUCUAGGUCAAUUUACUGGUCCUUAGAACUUCUCUUCCGUGACAUCGCAAUUGCCCUGCAUUAUAGUGUAAAUCACCAGCUUGUCCAGUUCUCUCUCUUUUUCUUAAAAAAAAAACAAAACAAAAACAAUUGUGGAAUACUGUGUUUCAGAACCUGCCAUGUCUCCUACCACUGCAACACGUGAUGAGUCCACCGUAUCUGAGCAAGAAAGUUCUGCUGGCUGCCCUCCAUCUUACUGUCUCCAUGAGGGAGUUUGUGUUUAUUUUUCUGAUCUCCAAGCUUUUGCAUGCAAGUAAGUGGAGAACUCUAGUGCUGCAAGGGCAGCCCAAGACAUUUUGUUGCCCCCAUCCUGCGAGUAUCAUAGGCCAGUUGAGUUACUCUGAAACCUGAGGCAGAAAAUCCCACAAGCACCUCUCUUUCUCCAUGGCAGUAAAAAUACAACCAUAAUAACACAUUAAAUAAACUAACAAUUUGCUGCUCUUUCAUCUCAAAUUGGCUACCUGAGGCCUCUCACUCUGCCUAAUGGCAGGGCCGGCCCUGCUGUGGGUUUUCUGCUUGUUGCAGUGGGAAUUAUUUCAUCCAUGACAUAUAAUAUUUUGUUUGGGGCUCAGUGGAAUAACAUCUAGGUUAAACAGUGUUGCUGAACAUGUUAAUAAUAUACUAGUGUUUAGCAGAGGCAUAGGGGACCAUAAUUUGAGCCCAUAAUAGUCAGCCAUUGGGCACAUUCAUGAAACCUCAUGGAGAAUAAGCACAUAAUUCUUCUGUGAAGAGGAAAUUGUGAUCAGCCAAGCAGCAGUAAGAAGGGAGGUUUGCUUUUCACUCUUUUUCGUGUACAGAAUUCAGCAGAGAUAUUGACCAAGAGAGGCACACAAUUCCCUCUUCAUGAAAUGAUUAUAUGUACAUUCUCCAUGAGAACCCGCCCCCCAAGUUAAUCAUCUUAACGAUGUCAAGAUGUGUGAUAUCACCAACAACGGAUAAGAACUUAAUUCACUUCCAGUAAUUUCUGAAUUUCCUUUCCUUCUGACCUCCCUGUUUACAAUUCACCCCUGCUCCUAUGCUUGCAACUCAGGAUGACACUUCAUGCAUCUGAUUAAAUGGAAAGAUUCUGCUAUAAUAAAUAUGUUAGUGAAUUUUUUGAAAAUAAAUUCACACUAGGUGGCAGUGUUUCACCAUUCUUCACCAACACAUGCACACUCUUGGUCCCACAGAAAACCUAGCAGGAAAUGCGUGUGUGUGUGUGCGCGCGCACACACACACACACACACACACACUCUUCUGCCAUAUGUUUCAAGUAGACAAAACUACAUCGUUUCUGACUUACUUUGGGAAGCAUACAUGAGAUAUAAAGUUAUUAAUAUUGCUCAUGUUAUGCCAUUCUUGCAGAGCAGAUGGCAUGAUUAGUGUUUAGAUAUCAGCAUAUAUAUGUUCCUAGCCUAGUGAUAUAAACUAUCUUGUAAAGCUAACUUAAUUCUUCAGAUGUGUGUGGUGGUACCGCUAGAUGGAAAGCAUGAUGAAUUUACAGAGCUCAACAAAAGUGAGGGUGCUUCUAGAUGGGAGUUUAAUAUUACAAAUGGGUAGUUCUGAUAUUGGAGACGGAUCAUUGGCAACAGCUACAGGGACGCAGGUGGUGCUGUGGCCUAAACUACAGAGCUUAGGGCUUGCCGAUCAGAAGGUUGGUGGUUUGAAUCCCCGUGACGGGGUGAGCUCCCGUUGCUCGGUCCCUGCUCCUGCCAACCUAGCAGUUCAAAAGCACGAAGUGCAAGUAGAUAAAUAGGUACCGCUCCGGCGGGAAGGUAAAUGGCAUUUCCGUGAGCUGCUCUCGUUCGCCAGAAAGUGGCUUAGUCAUGCUGGCCACAUGACCCAGAAGCUGUAUGCCGGCUCCCUCAGCCAAUAAGGUGAGAUGAGCACCGCAACCCCAGAGUCGUCCGUGACUGGACCUAAUGGUCAGGGGUCCUUUACCUUUACCUUUACCCUAAAACCACUUCUGCUGCAAGGAAGGCAACUGUGAGCAAGCAGCAGCCUGCAGCGGGGAAGAGAUGCAGUGAAUAAUACUCUUUCUGUUCUCCUCAUUGUAUGUUUAAGUAGUGUUUGAAAAACUCUAACUAAGCAGCCUCAUCCUCAUCUCAUGCUUGGCAGGGGGUUGGACUCGAUGGCCCUUGUGGUCUCUUCUAACUCUAUGAUUCUAUGAUUCUAUGAUCCCCAAAUCCAUCUGGCACUAGAUCUGGGGUAGGUGGUCCCAAGGUUGGCACAGGAUGGGGGGCAGGCUUGGUCCAAUCCAGGGGCCACAGGUGUGUCUGUGCACAGCCCUAAUUUUAAUGGCAAUUCUGCUGUGGCAAAAAAUGUGUAAGCAUGAGGAGCGCCUUUCCACAAUCAGCAUCCAUCUGCAAACACCCUUAGUGUUUAUGAUUUGUUCAUGGUUUGUGUUGGGCUUCUCUGCACAGUAUAGUUUGGAGUAAAAUUGGCUCCAGAGGGUGUCUUUGCUCAGCAGGAAAUAGCUCAUUUUAAUUUCCUUUACUGGUGGUUUCAAGAGAACCUCAUUUUAAAAGUGCUCAACUGGUUGCAGUUGACACCCUCCUGGGUCCAUUAGCAAAGCCCACAUUGAUUUCGACUGCUUUAGAUUACCCUAAUCCAAGGUUUCUGGAAUGGCUGAAUUUGGUGGAAUUAAACCAUGAUGGUGAUCUUUGUAGUAUUCUCCUUUACUGGCUGCUGUGUCUCCUCGUUUGACAGCUGUCCAAAAGGCUACCUGGGAGAGCGCUGCCAGUUCAGUGACUUAGAGUGGUGGGAGCAGCAGCAAGUGAUGCAAAGAAACAACCAGAACAUGGUCACUGCAGCUUGCUUGGCCAUGUUGCUCCUGGCCCUCCUCCUUGGAGUUGCCGCUGUCUACUGCUACAGGUAAAACUAUCUGCAAAGCCUGCCACAGUGCCCCUCCAGACAACCUCUUUAUUGAGCAUUCACCCUGAUUUGCUUGCACAAAGCUUACACAGAAGUUAGGUUAUAUCCAGUCUUUAGCAAGCAUUGGUUCUGAUUUGUUUGUGGCCAUUGAGAGCAGUACUGGCUUGAGAGCAGUACAUGUGAAAAGGAUCUAGGAGUCUUGGUUGACCACAAACUUGACAUGAGCCAACAGUGUGAUGAGGCAGCUAAAAAAGCCAAUGCAAUUCUGGGCUGCAUCAAUAGGAGUAUAGCAUCUAGAUCAAGGGAAGUAAUAGUGCCACUGUAUUCUGCUCUGGUCAGACCUCACCUGGAGUACUGUGUCCAGUUCUGGGCACCACAGUUCAAGAAGGACACUGACAAACUGGAACGUGUCCAGAGGAGGGCAACCAAAAUGGUCAAAGGCCUGGAAACGAUGCCUUAUGAGGAACGGCUAAGGGAGCUGGGCAUGUUUAGCCUGGAGAAGAGGAGGUUAAGGGGUGAUAUGAUAGCCAUGUUCAAAUAUAUAAAAGGAUGUCACAUAGAGGAGGGAGAAAGGUUGUUUUCUGCUGCUCCAGAGAAGCAGACACGGAGCAAUGGAUCCAAACUACAAGAAAGAAGAUUCCACCUAAACAUUAGGAAGAACUUCCUGACAGUAAGAGCUGUUCGACAGUGGAAUUUGCUGCCAAGGAGUGUGGUGGAGUCUCCUUCUUUGGAGGUCUUUAAGCAGAGGCUUGACAGCCAUAUGUCAGGAGUGCUCUGAUGGUGUUUCCCGCUUGGCAGGGGGUUGGACUCGAUGGCCCUUGUGGUCUCUUCCAACUCUAUGAUUCUAUGAUUCUAUUUCUACCAGCUUCAUCUAGCAUAGCCAGUGGCCCAGGAUGAUGGGAGUUGUAGACCAAUCACACCUCACGGCAGGGAUAUCACUAUUAAGUGAGCAAUAGGCUGCAAUAAGGUAAUAAGGUUGGUGAAGUAUCAUGGAAUGCUGUCUGGAGGGUCCAUUAAAAGUCCACCACUAAUGCACUAUUAUUGCCUCAAUGACAUACAUACACCCACAAAAAUGCACCAGUUCAGAGUGGCCCUGAGUCACCCAGUGCAUGAUUCUAAUGCAAAGUAUAUGCAAUAUUUUAGACUACAUACGUGUUGCUUUCAUACAUAGUGCUGCUUUUGUGCCUCAUAGAUUCUGUGGCCUGGUUUUAGAGUUCAAUAGUGAAAACUGAUCGCUGAUUGUUCUGCUUUCACCACUUCCCAACAACCUGAGUGAUAUACUUGGAAUCAUUACAUGACACUGAAGCUCCUAAAUUUGUUGGUGAACUAGCACUAAAAAUGUCAUUUUAACAACACUGGAAAUAUUGUUGAGAAUAUAUAUAUAUAUAUAGUAUAUAUAAAUUUGGGUGCCUUGAUUCAUGCACUCUUAUUUCUUCUUUCUCCUUCUGCAACCUGUUCUCACUUAGAAACAAAAAUAAAAAGUCAUUGUUUUGCCCUGAUUUACUUUCCUCCUUUACCAAAUGGUUUUGAUCAAUAUAACUGUUUAUCUUGAAAGCAAGUUUUCAAUUACAUGCUCGGCUGGGUUUGUACUACAGCUAUUAGUAGCCUAACUAGAUCAAAAUGAAACCACUGAUCUAAAUCCCCCUUUAACUGGAGUCCAGAAACCAAUAUUUGGAUUGGGAUUGCUAUUUCAUUUUUGCUCAUACUCUGCUGUAUUUUAAGACCUAUCGAUUAAGUUCUAUGAGCAGGUCAGUAAAAGUCCUUCCCUUCAUCCAUAAAACAUAAACUCAUCUUGCCCCUUAAUGUGAGGCUUGCAGGAAUAAAAAAUGAGCUGCUGGGAUAAGACUUUUUAAAGACCAAGACCUACAAACAUACACACACACUCCCUGCCAACUUCCCUGUAUUUACCUAUUCAGAACAUUUACAGGAGAGUACUGCAACCAACGUUUGCCAUGUGGAAUACUCUUGUUCAGACAUGCCAUCUUUAAGGAUACUCCUGCUUCCAGGUUCCCCAGAAAUAAUUAGCCAGCAUUCUGUGGGCAGUGAGCAUGUUCAGUCCUCAUUGGGGUGCCCUAGUUGUUUUCUUCUUCUAAAAAAAAUGUAUUUCUAAAAAAAAUGGUUUAUACUAAGCCUGCUAAAGCUCCAUCUUGUGUGGUCAUUGUGCUGUUCAAGGAUACACAUUCAAAAAAUUAACUCAGUAGGCUUUGGAAGGAUGAGCCUCUGUGUCAGUGUAAUCCAUAGCUAGCUAAAUGGUGCUACACUCAGGUGGUUGUUUAUGGGGGAAAGUGUGCUGAAUUCAAGAGUCCAGCCUCCCAAAUUUUAUAUCCCACAAUUUGGCCAGCAUUUGGGGAUAUGGACACCAUUUCCCAGAGAUUCAUAUGGAAGCGUAUGGCAUUUGAAGGUGGAAGAAAAUUAGUGGCAGGCUUCUGACAGGGGGAUGACCACUGCAGAGAGCAACCACUUUUGCAUCUAACUGGAGGUUGAAUUGUGUCCCAGCUUGUGGUGCCCUACAGAUGCCGCUGCACUACAGCUCCCAUCAUGUCUGAACUGGGGCUGAUGGGAGUUGUAGUCCGCCAACCUCUGGAGAGCCAUCCCAUUGGCUACCCCUGCAGUAUUGAGUGCCGACUCAUCAGCUGAAGAGCAAUGCUAGACUAUGUUGGUUCCUGGUAGUGAUGAAACAAAGCUCAGCUGCCAAAACAAAUGGAGUGUUUGAGCUGUGUUGUGUGGCCAGUAUCCCUUUCCCCUGAGGGCGUUUUAUUUCCUUGGCUCCUUUCUCUUUUUCAGUAGACACAGGAGGCUUUUCAAGAAGGAGCCAUACAUAGAAUCAACACAAGAUACUAGCAGCAGCAGUGCUGACAGCAGGAACACGAAGCUCCCCAGCAACAAGCCGCUGGUAAUUCUAUAUUAACACGUGGAGUGGUGAGAGAAGGAGAAAGGAUCAAAGGGCAUUAGGGAUCCACUUGAGAUUAUCCAUCAAAUAAUUCACAUCUUAAAUAUAUUAAAUAACUGCUGGGGUCAUCAAGUGCUUAGCUAUGAACCCCAGUCCCUCUUACCUCAUUGUUAUGUUAUCCUUCUAAGUUCACAGCUGCCUGGGUGCGUUGCAGGCAGGAGACAGUGUUAUUGUUAGCUCGGCACACAACAGUUGGAGGGGAUGUGUUCUAAAUUAAGGAAUACCGAUGUGAUGACAUGCCUGAUUCUCACAGCAGAGAUCUAAACGGGUUCCGUUUCUUAGAGACCGAGCCUGCAAUCCUGAAACCAGUUGGGCAUGCUUGCUCCCCACCCAAGUCCAGGAGUCCAAAGCAUGCUCAAGUUGGUACCAAAUUGCAGCUCACGGAUCCUGCGUGCUACCUAGGGAUGUUUGGUUUGGAAGGGAUGAAAUGCCUUUGCACCAGAAGCAGCUUUGAAUUUAUUUCGGCAGCUGAGGAGUGAAACAAAGAGAAUGAUAAAUGAGCUGAUGAGAUCACCUCAUGUUCCUUGUUAACUUUUACAUGGAGGCCAGUUUUAUACCACCCUGACAGAAUAAAGGUGCCUUAAUGCUGCAUUUUGCACCAAAGGUUUUAUUUUACGACCUGCGUUAUUUGAGGCAAUAGGCGAAAAACCUAAUUUGUCAUCUCAUCUAGAACUUCUAGAACCAGAAUGAUGUAUUAGAACUGCAACCAACUUGUUCACGUCAAGCUGUUUGUUAUCGCUGAAUAAGGCUGCCCUUUGCAGUGGUUCCUGCCGCAGUUAAUCUUGGCUAGUAAUAUAAUUGUCGUUGAGUAUGAGGGUUAAUUAAACAUCUAAACAGUGGACUGAGUCAAUAAAAUCAAAUCUAACUUAAUCUGCUGUGAUGUAUUUUUCACUGUUGAUUUUCUCCCUGGUGCGUUGCUUUACUUGAUAGUGAAAUUAUUAGCAGCAGUUGGUAGGAUCCAAAUUCUGUUAGUCUAGCCUCAUCAUUGGGUCAGUAGGAAGAUCUUCAGGUAUACAAUAAAAUGGAUAAGAAGUAGGGAUUAUUAUUUUUUGGGUAGAAGAGUAUUCAUAUUUAAGUUUUUGUGGCCAUGAAAUAAUAAUAAUAAUAAUUUUUAAAAAAUGGAAACCUGGAGAACCUGUGACUCUUCAUAUGCUGGAUGGCUGAAUAAGUAGCAGUCCAUAUGUUGCCGCACUCCAACUUCCAUCACCUCUAGCCAGCUUGGCCAGGGAGGAUAGGGAUUGCAGUCCAACAUCUGGAGAGCUCUUACCUCUGCCAUAUUGAAAUGAAUGAGUCCCCUUCAUUUCAAUAAAGCUUGCAACAAAGUUUCCAUUGAAAUUAGGCUGUAUUUUAAUAUUUUAAUGUUGUAUUUUAACUUUGUUUUUAAGUUGUAUUUCAAUUAACUUGUUUUUAUAUUGGGUGUUAGCCGCCCUGAGCUUGGUCUUGGCUGGGGAGGGCAGGGUAUAAAUAAAAUUUAUUAUUAUUAUUAUUAUUAUUAUUAUUAUUAUUAUUAUUAUUAUGUGCCUAUACAAACUCACAUGUGCACAUUGCCUGUUUUGUAGUUCAUUGUAAUGGCAUGCGAUGACAACAGUGAAGGCAGAACCACUGAUGGAACAGACUGUGAUACGAAAUAUCUUGAUUAUUUCUGCCUUUCAGAACCCUGUGAGUAGAUUUUCUUUAUCUUUGGGGAAUGUCUUUACCUCAAAAGUAUAGCAAAAGGAAAGAUAAGCAAAGCUAUUCAGGUCAGAUUCUUCAGUUGUCUGCGUAGUUUGAGUACCAUCACAAUCCUUACUUGGAACUACAAGAGAAGUGACUUCUGAGAAAUGGCUGCCUUAAAAGUAGGGAUGGCUGAAUCUGUCAAUUUCAGCUCCUUUCAAUUUCUCAUCUUCACUUCAGUUCUUCACUUUUCCAUGUGACUUUGCAUUAAAAACCAAAGAACUUGAGGCUACUGCCACUGCUCACUCUACUUGUCAACCCCACCUAUCCCUUUCCCCUUCCACCCAUCUGCCCAACCCGCUCUCUUUACACCUCACCCACCCCCUUGCCUAUCCUCUCCAGCUCACCCAAAGCCCCACUCUUUUGGCACCAUCCCUUACAUGGUAAGUAUAAUUGCACACUGAAAUGGAGAAUGCCUGUGUUGCUAAGGGUUUAACACUGAAGAAUUCCGUUGGAGCAUACUAAGCUAGAAGAGGGCUCUCUGAGCUUCUAGCUGAGUUGAUAAUUAACAUUUGAUGUUCUCUAGUAGCAGUCAUGCAAGUGUUUAACCUUGAAACAUGCGAUUAAGGUAUUCAAUUGCAAAUCUCCAUUUUGAAAGGUUUUUUGUUCUCAGGCACAGAGAGAGAAGGAUGUGAUAAGAUGCCUCUCCAGCAGCUGCAUACCCUUAGGCUGGAUGCAGACUAAUGCAAGCUAUGGGAGAGACAGUGUUUUGGCCUUUGCUCUGAUCCUAAUUAUGUUAUUUAUAUAUCUAAGAAGAAGAGCCUAUGCUUGAAUAUGUAUAUCCUUUAUACAGCUUUCUGGGUGCAUCAUUGAUGGUUUUUGCACCUGUUUUGAAGAAGUUCUGGUUAGUAAAGCUUUGAAUAAUAUUUAUGGGUCUGGACAAUUUUUAUUCCAAAAGGAUUCAGUUUUUAUGCAUCCAGUUGCUUCAAGUUGUACAAUAUUAAUAUCUGCAAUACUGCAUCACACCGGCUCUCAGAACUGCCAUUCCUGUAUAUUUCUGAAGCCAUUUGCACACUUGUUGGAUACAUAAGAAAAACUGGAUCAGACUGAAGGCCCAUCUAGUCCUAUAUUCUGUCGCCCACAGUGGCCAAUCGGAUGUCUAUGGGAAGCCCACAAGCAGGAUAUGAGCACACUAGCCUUCUCCUGAAGUUUUUUACACCAAGAAUAACUGUUCUCUUUUUUCUUCUUGUCCAGCUUGAGCAAUGGAAGUGUGGUCUACCAAUGUUGGCAAAGGAAGCAACAGAUCAGGCUUCUCUCUUAGAAUCAGUCUCCAGCUACCUGAAAACCUUUGCCUUGUAAAUCAGAAAAUGACUUUCAGCUUCUUCAGUGGAAUGCCAGCCCUAAACACCGCCAAAAGUGAUCCUCUCUCCACAUCCUCAUACAUAAGGAUGGGCAAAUCUGUCAAGUUUUCCAGUUUGGUUCUCCACAUCAGUUUGCAAAAAGAAAAGAAAAAAGUUGUCAUCAGUAUUUUUGUAUGAAUUUCUUCCACUACACACAUCUUUGUAUGCAGUUUUGACUAAUAUAUCCUUUUUUUUUUUUUUUUGCAAAUUACUGCUAAUAUGACAUCUUUGUGCAUUAUAUUUGCUAAUAUAUACAUUUCUAGGCACACUUUACCCCAGUCAUUUAUACAUUUCUGUAGACACCACUUGGCUGGAGAUCUACAUCAGAAAAUUCUCAGAAAUGUGGCUUUCAAAGGCUGGCUGUGUAUCAGUUCCUGUAUUCUUUCAGAAAGCGUGAAUUAGGUAGGUUCACCUUUAAAUGUGAGUUCUGUUUCUCCCCCAUCCGUACUCACACAGCCAGUUAAUGAAAGCAGAUUCAAUAACCUUUCAGCUACACCUUGUUAUGUAACUGGAAUGUGUGAUCUUUCAAAAGAACUAUUUUAUGAAAAUUAAUUUGCAUGUAUGUAUAACAAAGGUGACAAUAUUAUCCCCCCAACACUGUCCUCAAAAGUACUUUUCUAUAUAUGAAGUUGGCCAGCAUUUUUAAUGCAGGGAAAAUAGUUUUCUGGAAAGGAAAAUAAUGCAACUUUGGAAGGAUUUCCAAAGAGGUUGGAAGAUUGCAUUUGAAGAUGGGAUAUUCACAUAUUACAUGCCCCAACUCCAAAACAACAAUCCUGGAUGAAGUAUUAGGGCUGAAUUGCAGGUUCUUCAUCUCUGCCUUAUUGAAAUGAAUAUGAGGGUUUGAGCUGAAGAUAUUAGAAAAGCUUUUUGUACUUGUCCCGACUAUCAUUUAUCAACCCUAUACAUAGUUGAUCACAUGGAAUUGAUUAGGAGGCGAAGGGCUGGCAUCUCCCUGCCUUGUACUCAUCAAGCACAUUCAGGCUGAAAUGGAAGGAACCAUUUAUCUUCCAGCAACUGCUUGAACCACUUUUCUGAGGCCAACGCUGGGAAUUCUGGUUCUAUAUAUCAUGCACACUGCAGAGAGAGAAGGGGCCAUAGGGAUCUGUUGAAUGGCAAAAGGCUGCUCCAGUGCCUUCAACAAAAGGUUAUUUUAAAACUGGAGGAAAAUCAAUCUUGGAAUUGAUUUUGAAUAGAGCUACUUCAUCUAUAUUGCCUCUGUGAAAUCUACAAAACAGAUUGCAUAAAAAUGGAGAAGAUUUAUAUUUAUGAUUUACAUACAUAUAUUUCCAGAUUAUAGUUCAGGACAUAAUUAAAACUAAGAGAUUUAGGAAAGUUGGGCUGCAAUCCUAUUCUCACUUACCUAUUCUCACUUACCUAUUCUCACUUACCUGGGAGUAAAUCCUUUUGAAGUCAGUGAGACUUACAGAGCAAUCCAAGCUAUAGGAAACCAGCAUAAUUUGUGCCUAGGGCAGAUUAUCCUGGUGUAAUUUACCCCUAUUCCAAACGCCAGCCACUGGGUAAUGCUACCCAACUCAAAAGCUUGCUCGCUAUUUUUGUGAUUUUUGGUUCGUACUGAUAAAGAUAUUUCGCUACUGUGGAUUUUAAAUGUUACAGUUCAAUAGCUGAAAGCACUCAUAUAUAUGCUAAAACGUUUGUACAACUUAUCUGCUUUAAAUGUUGUUGAAAUAAAUGGAACUGUUGAUGAAUUGAUUCCCAAGUUUAGUUGUUCUGAAGCAGGCAUUGGAAAUCUAAAGCCUGGUAGGGGCCCUAAUUUGCCCCAUAUGGCCAUUUCCCUCCAGCUGUGCCCACUUGCCCCACAGUGUUCCUCUGCUAUCAGGUGACUGAUUGACUGAUUAUAUAAGUGCAUCAUUUUUCAUUUUUCUCUCUUUGUGUGUCACACCCAUCUAUAUCUUGGAAUACUGUUCCAAGUAAACAAUGCUGAAGUAUUCAUUUGAAACCUACCAGUUAAAGAACUGUUCUAGUGACCUUGAGAAUGGGGCAUUUAUCUCCCCACACCACCACCCAAGACGUUGUGCCACAGUUUGGCUUUGUAGCUGUAUUAUUACACACCACCCACUUCACUAAAAGAAAGGCCCUGGGUCUGGAUAACCUCUUUAAACAGUUGCUUUUAAUGAAAUAUUUCCAAUAACGGGUAUAGCAGUGCAGUAGCUUUCCAACAGACAGAACAGAAAAGGUUGUGGUGAUCCAUUGGAAGAUCAAUCCUUGGAAUGUAAAGCAACAAGGAGCUGAGAUUUAAAAUGUUACUCUUUCCACAUGUAUUUGUAGAAAAUGGAUACGUUUCAAGUUCUUUCAAUCAUAAGCCACGUCUUCUCUCCCUUUCCUAUGCAGAUUGUGUUACUUAUUUGAACAUCACUUGUUCUUCAGCAGGUCACCCAGCUAAAAUCAGGAGGAUUUAUAUGUGAAACAAAACCAUUCACUGUUUUUAAAGGCAGCAUUUCAAAGAAGUUCAUGCAGACUUCUCAAGGCACUGGGAUUUGCACUGAAAGCUAUUGUAGAAUAGUGUGUGUUGUCUGCUGCCACCUAAAAACAUUAUUUGCACAUUCAGGGAUUUCAUAUUAGAGAAAAUGAGAAUGGUCCACAGAUAUCCUAUAUAGUCUCUAGAUGUCAUUCUGGGUCCCCUCAAAUCCCACCCCAUCUCUUAGGCAGGGGGUUGGAUUCUACAGAAAGAGAGGCUGCUAAAAGAGGCCAAACCAAUUUUUGGUUAAGUGAAUGGCUCUAGCCAAGCAUGUUAAAUAAUACCUUUGUUGUGUUAAACUGGGGUCAAAAUGGUGCAUAGGAACUAAGAGUUGGAGACCUUUCCAGAAGGUAGGCUGAGGAGGACACACUUUUUCCCCUCCCCUGGCUGAAGGUGAUGUUGUGGGUCUGUGGAUGGAGUAGCCAGAUUGGUAACUGGAAUCUGGUAAAAAGGGAGGGAUUGUGGCCCUCAAAAUGUAACGGGGACCAGUACCUGUUGGAGUGCUAAUGCUGUGAACCACCUAUCCUGUAUAUAUGUGCAAAUAGAACUGUAUAUACAGUGGUACCUCAGGUUACAUACGCUUCAGGUUACAUACGCUUCAGGUUACAGACUCUGCUAACCCAGAAAUAGUGCUUCAGGUUAAGAACUUUGCUUCAGGAUGAGAACAGAAAUCGUGCUCCGGCAGCAGGAGGCCCUAUUAGCUCAAGUGGUGCUUCAGGUUAAGAACCGUUUCAGGCUAAGUACAGACCUCUGGAACGAAUUAAGUACUUAACCCGAGGUACCAUUGUAUUACAAGGACACUGGAAUCUCAAGUGACCUUCAUUCUGU